GUCCCUUAGUGGGGAGGAAAGAGGGUGCGGUUAUGCCUUCCUCUCAUCAUAAAUUACAUGCAAAUGCCUUUUGUGCCUCCGCUCCUAUAUAUGUGAGUGCCUGUGUCUUUCACACAAGCAAGCGCAGGGUCCAGAGAGGACCUGUGCCUUUAAUUUGCCAACUGCAAAACUACAGAGUCUGUGCCUUGAAGGCAUCCCAUUACAGUGGAAUGAGCUAAGGAUCUACUCAGCUAUAUAAACCAGCAGAAACUGCUUACUCCAACCAGAGUUUGCCUUACUGUCAAACAUUCUCCCUCCCUCUCUUUUUCCCCUCUCUCUGUCUUUCUCUCUCUGACUUGUCCCGUCUAUACCAUAGAUGGGACAAGUUUUCUGAUUUUUUUUCCCUCAAGACAGAAGCGGACAAGAGUAAAGCAUCCUAUUUAUCCCCUGGAGACUUGACACACCACAAGGAACUAACACAUAUCAAAGGCAAGCAGGUAAGUCUUCUCUCCAACAUUGAGCAUGGCAUUUUUCAGGGGAUGGAAAAGUAAAUGUUUUAGAAUAGGUUCCAUUCUUUUAUGGUUCUUUUUUUCUGAGUUGCUGGAGUUUGGACCUGGAGAUGCUUUUGAGAUUACUAGGUGAUUUAGAUAUAGAUGAUACAGAUAUAGAUAUAGAUAUGCAGAAAUUUAAAAGUUUGUUUAUUUUGUGUAAUGCCAGAUGGGAUCAGAUCUGUGUUUCUAUGGUGUUUUCAGUGGAUGCAUAAAUUAGCCAAUGAAUGAAUGAGAGAUGAAGGCAUGCUAAUGGAGGGUGUACAUGCACACACACAGGCACACACACCCCAAUUAAAGUAGCAAAGCAAACACACAAUGAAAAUGGCAAGUGAGGAUGGGGAAAUGGGGGUUAUUCAUGUUUCUGAGACUUCAAGGGGUGAUGGAGAUUAACUGAUAGCAUUGGGAAUGUAACCUUUUAAAGAUGCAAAUGAACCUUGUUCAUUGGAAAGAAAGAAAGAAAGAAAGAAAGAAAGAAAGAAAGAAGCCCAUCUUGUGUUUGGCGGUGGAUUCCAAUUUCUUCCUUAAAUGUGUGCGCCUGGCUUCCAGACCAAAAAAUUUAAAGGCAAAGUUCAGCAUGUAUCUUUCUUUCAUUUGGCUAUUGAAAACAGAGGGUGAUCUGUGCCAGAGGAUGGAAAAUGCUUCUCUUCUCCCACCUCUCCACAGCUCUUGAAGCAAGCUGCUUUUUUUCCACACUGAGCCGCCUAUCACUCUGAUAGUUUUAUUCAUCUCUACACUUUUCUGUGCAUCAGCUGGCUGAAUAGUGCAUUUGUGCAAGCAUGGGAUCUCAUGAGUUGAAUGAGAAGAAAAAUGGAUCUGUAACCCUUGGCUUGGCUAAGUAGCUGGAUCUAGCUUCUCAACUUGCCAGCUACAUGCAGUUGUAUAAUAUCUUUCAGGACAGGCUGUAGGUUUUUAUUAAUGGAACAUUUUCUUGCCCGCUUUCCCAAGUACUUCAGAAGUCUUGUGUGAUGUAGUAUGGAUCUGAGGCUGGCUGGUCCUAUUUCAUUCAGAAGCCAUACCCACUGGGUUGGAUUCAACAAUUCUACUUGGAGUAGACCCAUUGAAACUAUUGGACCUAAGUUAAGCAUGUCUAUGAUUUUCAAUGGGGAUCUGUUCUCCAUAUGGUUAAUAUUGUGUUCAGAAGGGUUUACUCUCAGCUAAGUGUGCUUAGGCUUACAGUUUUAAUUCAGAACUAUCACACAGUUAAAAAGCAUCAAUGCUGUAAAAUCCACUUUGAAGAUUGCGCUGAAUUCUGCCUAAAGUGAAAGUUGGAAUCUUAAAGGAAACUAUCAUAGGGUUUUUGAUAAGCUGCUUUUUCACAGAGGAGAGGUUGUUUUCGACUAUUAAAAUCUAAGCCAUUUAAAGUUGUAUUCCUAACUAAACACCCCAUCAGACAUAACAAAAAAUGUGUCUGAGGAAAUGCCUGAAGGAUCAUGUUGCAUCUACCACUCAGUCCCAUGGGAGAGAGAGCAGUAGCCUGACCUUAUGAGUGUUUGCUCCAAACUAACUCCCGGUUUGCUUAAUAGAAUUACUCUCAAUGAAGUAAGAUUAGAUUCACAACACUGCAGUCUUAAACACCAUGGAUGGGGAACUGGUUUCAGACUAAAAUAAUGAUAAAAUAAAGCUUCCCCACUCAGGCAAGCGGGGCUACACUGCACAACCUGCCUACCUGUGCAGGUGAAUCCCCCCAACACUGGGAGGUCAUUCAGCAAGGGGGCCAGGGACACAGCAGUGAGGCCAGGCUGGGCUCUAGGACCCAGAGACCCCCAGCAGGAGGCAGGGUGGGAUGGGGAUCCCUGCAUGAGGGUGCCUGGUUUGCACCCCCUCAACAUCAUGUGCUCAAGGCCAUGGCACCCCUGAUCCCGCCACGCUACACCCCUGCUUUGUACGGUAGACUAGUUUCACUCACACUUCCCUAUCUGUUUUCCACCCAGGCAACAAAAAGGCACCAUCCAAGUUUAAGGACAUAUCCCAGCUGGGGAGGCAGAGUCCGGGGGGGGGGGAUGCUCAAGGAAGGUAUGAUGUAAGGCUGGAAAGGGGAUAUGGCUGGGUAAAAGAAGUGUCACUGAGGACAGUGGCAAUGGUGGCCUCCAGCUAGCGAGGUCUAGAGGACUGCAUUUGGGAUAAGUCCCAUUAAACUCACUUCUGAGUAAAUGAAAAGAGGAUGCGCCAAGAACAUGCAUCAGAAUAGGCUGUGGGUUGUGCACGAGAAAGCACAUGGGACACACCAGCCAGAUUGCAACACAUUCAGCUUACAGCCCUCCUUGUAUCAGCUCCCACUUUCAGCAUCCCCUUAUGAGGAAGUCUGAAUACAACCCAGCCAGUAGCACAUUUAGGCUUCAACUUGACACACAGUUACCCGGGAACAAGUGCUAUUGAACUUAGUGCAGCUUACUCCUGACUGACUAGACUUGCCUGGGACUGCCAAGAAACUGCCUGGACAGAGGGGGGUGUGCACUUGCAACUCCCCCCCCCCCCCCCGCCUGCCAGCUCCUAUUUCACUACUGGGUCUUAUUUCAUCCCCUUGCAAGCACACACAAAGCACUAUGUAGUGCUCCCAGUGCUCCCAAUGGCUAUUGUUUUAAAGCAACUGGUAAUUUAUUUAUGGCACAGUCUUGGAUCAGCUUAAUGUGCUGAAAGUAUAACUGGUUCCACUUUUGCUGGGGAGAAAAUGCAACCCACUAAAAUAAGUAGUUCUAAAUAAUCUGAAGAGAUAAGCACUGGCAGGAUGGGAAUGUAACCUUAGCAGAGAAACAAUUUCCACACCUGGCUACCAGAGGUGGAACACAGGUUUACAAUGAGACCUCUCCUUCUUAAUGGGAUCCUACUUUCACACAAACAAUCAAUAUUUAGCAGGAGGAAUUACAAAACUCUUCAGGUUUAGAGUUCAGGUUGUGUUGGGAAGUAAUGCCCUGAAUACUGUAGAUUAGUUUAUAUAUUCAGUAGUACAGUUGGGACGUGGGUGGUGCUGUGGGUUAAACCACAGAGCCUAGGACUUGCUGAUCAGAAGGGUGGCAGUUCGUAAAAGGCGAAAGAUUUAUACGAUCUGAGGUGAAACCAGAGAGCAGUCCGAAAGCACGUCAAAGUGCAAGUAGAUAAAUAGGUACCGCUCUGGCGGGAAGGUAAACAGCGUUUCCGUGAGCUGCUCUGGUUCGCCAGAAGCAACUUAGUCAUGCUGGCCACAUGACCCAGAAGCUGUACGCCAGCUCCCUCUGCCAAUAAAGCGAGAUGAGCGCCGCAACCCCAGAGUCGGUCAUGACUGGACCUAAUGGUCAGGGGUCCCUUUACCUUUUCCUUUAGUACAGUUGGUCAAGGGGGCAGGACCAUUAUUUGUGCAGCAACAUCCAAAUGUGUAAUCAGCCUACCUAUUGUCUAGGUAGGUUGCCCUUGGAAAUGAGGUGGGUCAGAUAAGGAGGUGAUGGGACUAUCUUUAGAUCAGGGUUUCCCAAACUUGGGUCUCCAGCUGGUUUUGGACUUUAACUCCCUUCCCCCCUAGUUACCAGGACCAGUGGUCAGGGAUGAUGGGAAUCAUAGUCCAACAACAGCUAGAGACCUAAGUUUGGGAAACCUUUCAUUAGAUGCAUGAUUGGGUCAGAGAUUGCCUUUAUGGUCCUUCCAGCUAUGCAAUUUGGUAUGUCAGUCGAUAUGUUAGAAGAUGCAAAUCGAACAACCCUCCUAGCUGGGACUGUUCUGCUUUGAAAUGCCAGUGUAUUAGUCUGCAUGUUGAGAGUGGCCCCUUCAUGUAAAAAGCUAGCACAUCAAGAGAGGAGUUCUCAUGUUGGUUCUUCUUUACGUGCUAAUUUGCUGCGUGUCAGGAGAUUCUGAAGGGAGGGGAGGGAAUAAGAACUUGAGAGGGAAUAAAGUAGCUGCGAUCAAUUCCACCAUUUUUCAGACUUUAAGCUUUUGGCAUGAAUGGAAUAUUCUGGUGCAUACAGAAUCCACAAACUGGUUUAGUAUAUAUCAGAUUCAGAAACAGGAUGUGAGCCCUAAAGAUUUUGCUGAAUGAAAAGGCUAGUGAGAACCUCAUAAGCCUGCAAGGCUAGAAACACACAAUUUGCUUGUUGGAAUAUAAGCCCUCUCUGCUUUCUAAAGUUUAAAAGCGAUUUGCUUUAAGUUUCUGAAAAACUGUAAAACUACAUUUCUUUUACUAAUUUAUUUAUCAAUUUUCUAUCCUAUAUCUUCCUCCAAAAGAGACUGUAUAUUGGGGUGGGGGAACCUUUUCUGCCCAAGGGCCACAUGCUUUCUGGGUAAUUUUCUGGGGGUCACAUACCAGUGGUGGAUGGGGCGAGAAGGAAAAGUAGGCAGAGCAGCAAAUGUGAAUCUUACCAUUACACAGUAGACUGGUUUCUUUACCCUCACACAUCCCUCUCUGCCCUCCACCCAGGCAUGUAAGAGUCAUGAUCAGAGUUCAAAUCUAGCAAAGAAAACAAAAGGGGGAUGUGAAGUGAAGUCAGUGAGGGGAGUGACCUGGGAAAAGCAGGUGUGGCUGUGAAAGGUUGUGUGGUCUGGAAAGAAUCUCCAGGUGGCCUGAGGUUCCUCAACGCAAUUGGAAAUUAUGUCUUGCAAUCUCAUAAUUGAGGGUCAAGGAGGUGGAAAGAUGUGAGAUGAGGUAAAAGAAAUAAGCAGAGUGGGGUACUGUAAGCUCUAGUGGGGAUUUGGCCACAAGCUUCCAGAGUCCAAGAGACGUAUUCUUAAUGUCUGCUCCCAGAUAUUGGAACUCCCACCCUGGAGAAGCCAGACUGGCUCCUUCCUUGCUGUCCUUCCCCCGGAAGGUGAAGACUUUUAUGCUCCAACAGGCUUUUGGGGACUGGCUGCUUUUAAUUAAAGGGCUGGUGUUGUGCUGUUUUUAUUGUAAAUCCUGGUAUGUUUAAACAUAUUUAAUAUAGUUUAAAUUGUUGUUGUUGUUGUUGUUUAGUUGUGUCCAACUCUUCGUAACCCCAUGGACCAGAGCACGACAAGAACUCCUGUCUUCCACUGCCUCCCGCAGUUUGAUCAAACUCAUGUUAGUAGCUUCGAGAACACGGUCCAACCAUCUCCUCCUCUGUCAUCCCCUUCUCCUUGUGCCCUCCAUCUUUCCCAACAUCAGGGUCUUUUGCAAGGAAUCUUCUCUUCUCACGAGGUGGCCAAAGUAUUGGAGCCUCAGCUUCAGGAUCUGUCCUUCCAGUGAGCACUCAGGGCUGAUUUCCUUCAGAAUGGAUAGUUUGAUCUUCUUGCAGUCCAUGGGACUCUCAAGAGUUUCCUCCAGCACCAUAAUUCAAACGCAUCAAUUCUUUGGCGAUCAGCCUUCUUUAUGGUCCAGCUCUCACUUCCAUACAUCACUAAUAGGAAAACCAUAGCUUUAACUAUAUGGACCUUUGUCAGCAAGGUGAUGUCUCUGCUUUUUAAGAUGCUGUCUAGGUUUGUCAUCGCUUUUCUCCCAAGAAGCAGGCAUCUUUAAUUUCGUGACUGCUGUCACCACCUGCAGUUUAAAUAAUAUAUAGUUUUAAUUCUAUCAAUGUUUAAUUGUAUUUUAAUGAUUGAUUUUUCUGUUUUUAGCAGUUCUCAUUUUCAUCUGUAAGCCUUGAAUCCCAUCAGGGGAAAAGGUGGGGUAUAUAUAUUGUAAGGGACGCGGGUGGCGCCGUGGGUAAAACCUCAGUGCCUAGAGCUUGCCGAUCGCAUGGUCGGAGGUUCGAAUCCCCACGGCGGGGUGAGCUCCUGUCUUUCGCUCCCAGCUCCUGCCCACCUAGCAGUUUGAAAGCACCCCUAAGUGCAAGUAGAUAAAUAGGUACCGCUUUCUAGCGGGAAGGUAAACGGCGUUUCCGUGUGCUGCGCUGGUGCAGGCUCGCCAGAGCAGCUUCGUCACGCUGGCCACGUGACCCGGAAGUGUCUCCGGACAGCGCUGGCCCCCGGCCUCUUAAGUGAGAUGGGCGCACAACCCUAGAGUUGGACACGACUGGCCCGUAUGGGCAGGGGUACCUUUACCAUUAUAUAUUGUAAGCUGAUUAGUCCUUCUAGCCCAGGAUGCCCCCAUUAGUAGACAGCAAACAGCCCCUGAAUGAAACAGCAUCUCUUCCCUACUGCAGUUUCCAGCAACUGAGCCAUGUUUCAAAAGCAGCUGCUGAAGUUCAGAAAGCAACAGGAGGAAGUUGGGUGCAGGUAGCAACACAGCAGGGGUGAACAGGUGCUUGACUAGGCAGAACCUGAUAUAAGAUAAGGGUUGAUGGAAGCAGGUUGAUUAGGGUGGUAGUUGUAUCAGCUGUCUAAGUGCUAAGUCUCCUCAUGCUGCUGCCUUGAAUAGGGAUGGAGAGCAUGCUGCCCUUCAGAGGCUGCUAGACUAAUUUCCCGUGCAAUGUUCUACUUGCUUCUUCUUCUUUAAUUAGGUUUAUAUAGGAGAGUUGGAGGGACGGGAGCUGGAGCUAUCCACUCCCUCCACCACUUGUCUCAUUCACAUAUUACUAGUAUUGCAUAAAAGAGUAAAUAAAAAGAGGUUUCGUUGAUAAAGAAGAAAAUGUUUGUUUUUUUUAUUUACGCUUACUUCAUAUUUAGAAGGAUAGUUUUGAAUUCUAAGUCAACAUGGUGGAGCUACUUUCUCAUGGCUGUCUCCUGCAAGAGAGGUGGAAGGGGCGGAGCUUGCGAGUUUGGCAGGAAACCACAUAGGGGAAAAUACACUGUCUCUUGCUCUCAAUGCUGCCCUCUGCUGACUGUGGGCUUGCAAGGUUGCUAACACCUAACAUUCUCAGGACAUUUCUGACCUUAGGGAUGCAUGGUAUCACUUUGGCUAAAGGUGUCCAAAUGGACUUCGAAUUGAGGAUGGGAGGGAAAUGUAGUGUGGUUCACAUUCUAAUGAAAACCUGCUUCAUCUGCACUUCAUGAAAUACAGUGGUGCCUCGCAAGACGAAAUUAAUCCGUUCCGCGAGAGUCUUCGUCUAGCGGUUUUUUCGUCUUGCGAAGCAACCCUAUUAGCGGCUUAACGGAUUAGCGCUAUUAGCGGUUUAGCGGCUAUUAAAGGCUUAAAGGCUUAGGGGAUUAGCUGCUAAAAGGCUAUUAAAGGCUAUUAAAGGCUUAGCAGAUUAGAUAAAGGGGGGGAAAGCGAAAAAAAAAUCUCAAGACUCGCAAGACAUUUUCGUCUUGCGAAGCAAGCCCAUAGGGGAAUUCGUCCUGCGAAGCAACUCAAAAACGGAAAACCCUUUCGUCUAGCGGGUUUUCCGUCUUGCGAGGCAUUCGUCUUGCGGGGCACCACUGUAAUGCACAAACUUAAAUGUGUCUCCCCUGAAUUUUGCAAACUGUUCCUCAAGAUUUCCUUCCCCAAAAGUGGAUUGCUCUGGUAACAUGGCAAUUGGAGGCAAGAUGUAGGCAACACCAGCAAAUUCCCCUCAGGGGACACACUGGUGAAGCAGCACCAAGCAAGAUUGAACCCUCCUGUCUGUUGCAUGGCUGGUGGAUGGGGAAGGAGGAAGCUCCUGCCCCUAUGUUUAAUUAGGGUUUAAAAAUCCUAUUAAACAUUUGCCCCACACCCAAAUUGAUUUGAGGGUGGAUCUUGGAUUCCUCAGGUUGGCCUGGAUUGGGUCAAGUGGGUGGGGAACGGUGCACAGUGUUAGUUUUCGGAGCUAGAGUUUGACACAGACAUGACUGCUAACCAAAAAUCAACUUUGUCUACUAGUUCAAAAACCAACAAAUAUCAGAGGGAAACCUGAGAAUGAAACAAAAAUGAAUAAGUUAGUGGCCCAUUUGCUGGUGAAACACAAAGCUGUUAAGAGUGAGCAAUAAUCUGCUUUGUAUUCAAAGGAUGCUCUCAGGUUUGGCCACAGUAUUUUCUUCUCCUCAGACUCUCUUUGUCAGUGGCAAAUGUUCUCCACAUGUGGGAAAAAUUAAGAACCAGGCACUUGUCCAGGAAAUCCUGAAAUAUCCCCCUCCCCAAAUGUGAUGUAAAUAAGCCGGAGAGUUGGGAGUUCCUUGGCCUGACAAGAGGCUGUCUGUCUGGCAAGCAGGAUGUGUGGGGAGGGUGCGGGAAUGAGAGGUGGGUUUCAGUACUGCUUUCUGAGGAACUGAAAGGAGACUUGACAUGUCUUCAGCCAUAAUGAGUAGGCAGAGCCUGCCAUGUCCAUCUAAUUAAGGUUAAAAUACACAUUUCAUUAUGCAGAAACCUGAUUGCCCUUUCUCUCAUGAGAAUGUUUCUUGUUUGAUUAGAAAAUGCUAGGGAGAGCUUUAAGGACUUGCAGCUGGGAUUGGUGGGAGAGGGAGACCUCUGUGUGAAUAGACUGGUCUCAUUCACAUCAGAAGCAGGGUUGUUGUUUGUUCAGUCCAAGGGCCACAUUCCCUUCUAGGCAACCUUCCAGGGGCCACAUGCUAGUAUUGGGCAAUGCUAGAAGCAAAAGUUAAAGCCAUGGUUUUCCCAGUAGUGAUGUAUGGAAGUGAGAGCUGGACCAUAAAGAAGGCUGAUUGCCGAAUAAUUGAUGCUUUUGAGUUAUGGUGCUGGAGGAGACUCUAGGACAUUUAGAAUGCAAGGCAGAUGUUCUACCAUUGAGCCACAUCUCCUCCUCCCAUGAGAAAUUUGCAUCCUAUGCGGAGAUGGCAAGGAGAGAGGCUACUUGGUGCAGCCCUGAUUUGUGUUCAUGUGGUGGUGUUAACUGUGAGCAGAAUGGCCAAACAGGGCUGCUUAAGCACACAUGUUGAGUCCAGAUUAGCUGUUUAGUUUAUAUUUGGUAGGAAUUGGUGCUCAGUGAUACAGAGUAGCAGAUUCAGCUUUGCUGCUGUGAAAUAUGUGGAACAGUGCUGUGUCAAUCUGUUUCCUUUGGAGGAAUUGAAAGCAAUGCUAACUUACCAGUUUUGCAACUGGAUAGCAUUAGUGACUUGGUGCAAGCAUGCGAGCUCGAGAGAGGGGAUUGAGGCCACUUUGCUCCUCCCCAAUCAUUCUGCCACUGUGCUGUGCUAAGCCACAGUUCUGUUUAGUAUGUUAUCCAAACCCAGGUUCUUGGUUUAGCUGUCUCCAGACUAACCACAAGCUUCAACCAAGGUUUGUCCUAGGGUAGGGGUAGGCAACCUAAGGCCCAUGGGCCACAAGUGGCCCAUGGGGUCAUUUAACUUGCCCACGAGCUGCCCCCGAACCUAGCAAUCUUCCAUAGCAUUCCCCCCCCUUGUUAAAACGAUUUAAUUUCUGACUUAUUUAUAGUGGUUUUUUUCCCUGUCUGUAGAUCCACCCAAGGUCCAUUCUUCCAAAGCAGAACACUGCUAUCUUUUCCAAAUGGAGAUUUUCUCACAGAAGGCUGCUUCCAUUGAUUUGUUCAUCUGUUGCUCAUAGAUAAAUGCAUAUUGUAGUUUUCUCCUUGCAAAAUCAGUGGUGCACUUAGGGAAGGAGUUCAGGGCAGAGGUCCAGUGCAGCACUCAGCUGAUUGAGCAAGGACUGGCUUACCACAUUUUGAAUUAAGUGCAGAAAUGCAUAGCACCAUCAUAGAGAGGGUCCAAAGGAGAUAAUGUAAAGUUAUUCUAUCAAUUGUUCUGGGACCUUUUUGCAUACAGAUGCCCUAUUGUUGAGCUACAUCCAUCACUUAGGCAAAGAAUAACUUUUUACACCAUCAUCCAAACACUCAAACAGGAUGGGACCAACAGCUCAGAGCUGGAACAAUUCUGUUCAUUCCCUGUACAUAUAGCGAGACUAGUGACUGGGAGUGGCCACCAAGACCAUAUAACACCGGUCCCAAAGACAUACAUUGGCUGCCAGUACAUUUCUAAGCACAAUUCAAAGUGUUGAUACUGACCUUUAAAGCCAUAAAUGGCCUCAGCCCAGUAUACCUGAAGGAGCAUCUCCACCCCCAUUGUUCAGCCCCGAGGGCCUCCUGGCAAAUCCCUCACUGUGAGAAGUGAGGUUACAGGGAACCAGGUAGAGGGCCUUCUUGGUAGUGGCGCCCACCUUGUGGAAUGCCCUCCCAUCAGAUGUCAAGGAAAUAAAAAACUACCUGACUUUUAGAAAACAUCUGAAGGCAGCCCUGUUUAGGGAAGUUUUUAAUGUUUGAUUCUAUUUUUAAUAUUCUGCUGGGAGCCACCCACAGUGGCUGGGUAUAAAAUUAUUAUUAUUAUUAUUAUUAUUAUUAUUAUUAGGUAGCCAAUGCAUUUCCCUCCAGACAUUUUGAACUCCCAGCAUACCCAACCAGCAUGGGAGAGUCAGGGAGAGUGGGAGUUAUAGUCCAGAUCUAGAAGGUACCACACUGGUUAACAGUGGUCUGCAAGCAUUCAUUCUCAUGUGAACAAGGCUUAGGACAUUUUCAGAACUCCAAAAAUCGGGGAGAAAUCUGAAUGAGAAGCCUUUUAUAAAUAUCCCCAAAUUCAACAAAAUUGGGGAAGGUUGCCAAAUUCAAACCAUUGUUCCUUGUCUUGGCUAUGGAAGACAGGAUGGUCAGUUUUCCUCCUCUUCUCUCCCUCCCUGCUUCUGACAUCCUUUUAAAUACAAACUGUCAGCUUCUCCUUUCUGUAAAUCCUUUUUCUCUUAGCUAAACAACAUACACAGUGUGCCUUCAAUCUCUCCACAGAAGUUUGCCAUUUAGUUCCCUGGAGUGCUUCUCUGAAUCCAUUCCAACUUGUCAAUUCUCAAACUGAAGUCACUACUCAAAAAAACAAAACAAAACAAAACAAAAAUCUCAAUGGUGCUGAGUAAGAACAGAAACAUUACUUCUACAGUCUCUGAAAUGUUCCUUCCCCUUUUGCUAACUCAUUUCACUGUUUGACCAUUUAUAGUCCCAAACUAAUGUUAAGACCCAUUGUAAUGAUCAGACAAAUCUAGCUGUGUGUGUGUGUGUGGAUAGAGAUAGAUAGAUAGAUAGAUAGAUAGAUAGAUAGAUGAUAGAUAGAUAGAUAGAUAGAUAGAUGAUAGAUUAGAUAGAUAUAUAGAUGAUAUAUAGAUGAUAGAUAGAUAGAUAGAUAGAUAUAGAAUCACAUUCUGUUCCCUUCUCAGCAUAAAACGGUCUUCAAGAAAUGUCUGAAAUUCAAAAGUGAGGAUGUUUUCAACUCUCUACUGGAAGAAUAUUCCAUAGCAUGGGACACUAAAUGUCUGACUUCCAGUUGAGACCACUCAGGCAUUUGUAACACAGGGAACAAGUAGCAGUGCUCCUCCAUAUGAUCUCAGUGAUUAAGCUGCACUAUAAGGGCUCAGACAGUCCUUAAGGUAUUCUUUUAUCAAUGUAAAAGGCUUGAACUUGGCCUGGUAGCACGUGGGCCGCCAGUGCAGAUGCUUCAGCAAAUGUGUCACAAGCUGCUAGUCAUCUGCUCCCUUCAGCAGUAUAGCCACUGCAUUCUGCAAUAGCUGGAACUUCUGGAUCAGGCCCAAAGGAAGUCCCAAAUAAAGUGCUUUGCAGUAAUCCAGCCUCAAGCUUACCUGGACUACAGUAACCAAGUUAUUGUUAUAUGACCAGACAAAGCUGGUAAAAGGCUAUCCACAGAGGUCACCAGGGCCUUUAAUGACAGACCACACAUUUAAAGCAGCAUUAAACAUAGCUUCUCCUAAAGAAAAUUAGGAACUAUAGUUUGUUAAGGGUGUUAGGAGACCCUUAGUCCUUUUAAGGAGCUACAAUUUUCAGAGUGGUUUAACAAUCAAGCCUUCUUUCCUAGGGAUGCGCAGGGAGAAAGGAUAAAUGAAUAUUGAAAUGAAAGUUGGAAAAGCUAAUGUACUUGGAGCAGCAAUGCAGGGAGGGAAAAAGAAGGAACAUCUUGUGGGGGGAGUCAGCUUUUAAAUUUGAAUUAAUUUGGUAGUAAUUUGUUUAAAAUUAUUGAAAAUCAGUAAAAUAAAUAAUUGGCAAUCCCUCUUUCCUAGGGAACUCUGGGAGCUGUGGCUCUUUGAGGUGAAUAGAGGUCUCCUAACAACUCUUAGCACCCUUCACAAAGGAUGGCUCCCAGAAUUCUUUGGGGAAGCCAGGACUUUUCAAAAUGGCAUUAAUACUGCUUUAAAUGUACAACGUGGCCUAAAUGUACCUCCACUCUCUUUUAUGAGGAUGGUGAGUCGAUAAGUUUUCCUUCUGAUGAACUUCCUGCCCCCUCCUCCUAAAUAAUUCCUGGGUUGCUCAGUGAGUGUUCCAUCCAUUGCUUGCUAAGAACAUUUCUGUACUAGUGUAUUUACAUGUGUGGGAAGACGAAAAAUCCCUUUCCACCAUGCACGAGACCACAUAAAUGGUUCCUAGAAGGAUUGUGUUAAUCUCCUCCACACAUCCCCACAGCUGCUUGGCCUAGUUCUGUCAGAUGUGGUGAAAUCAAAAAAUUAUCUUCUCUGGGAAGGAGAACUAGAAAGUGGAGAUUCAGCACACCAUCUUUCAGCAGAGGGUGCUGGCCCUUUUAGGCCUGCAGGCACAUCUGAACUGCUUGUUUCCAUUCUCAGCCAUUGCCAGUAAAGACUGAUAUCACUGAUUAAUGCAGACAUGGAAAUCGGUUCCAUCAUACUGGGCAGUAAGAGGAAGUUAAUGGUGCCCACUGGCAGGGGUGGAGUUUGGUUUUUCAAAUUUCAGUGGUACCUUGUGUGAGGCCAAAAUUUGGUGGCCUACCCACCCCCUUUCUGAUCAAUUCACUACAUCAUAGUUGUAAAUCCCUGAGGCGCCCCUAGGCUCAACUCCCAGUGUGAUGGAAUCACUGCUGCCCUAAAUCCGGCUCAACCACUGGGACACUUGGGGUGGAAGGUGUGGAGCCCAGAAGCAGGUGAAACUAGAGCUGAUGACAUGCAGAGUUGAAUUCAUUCUAGUUUUUCUCCAAUAAUCCUCCUUCCAGCUGAGUUCUACAGGGGGUAGCAAUGACACUAAGGGGGAGGUGGAAGCUCUCAGCCAGGGCUAUGUCCUGGGCUGGUUGUAAGUAAGUAAGAAAGAAGAUUAGAAGAGUCUGGCUCUGGGCAGAAUGUGGUUGGUGGGGCAACAGCCUCUUUGCCAGGCUUGGCGGCAUCAAAGUUUCUAUUUUUAAAAAAGACCAGAUUGGCUUCAUCCAGUGGAACAGCUAUUCAGUAAGUGGAUUAAUAGCUAAAACACCAUAUUCGAAAGGCCUGUAGCAUACUGAACAACUGCCCCAUUUUAACCCGGACUUCCCAGAAUUACAAAAGCCACCCUGGCUUCCGAUUCCAACCCAGGAUGUCCUGGGAUUUCUUAUGGUUCAGUGCUUUCUUUGGUUCUGCGCCUUCACUGACUGGCUGCCACUGACCACCGCCAUACACCCUCAAGGAGGGCCAUAGCAAUGUACUUCUGGAAGCCGGUGCCACUUCUGGAACUACAUCACUGUGGCCCUCUGUGUGUGUGUGGUGGCAGGCAGAGGCACAUGGCAGCAGCCAGUCAGCUGACAGCCAUGCCCAUGCAUGAGUGAGCAAAGGUAAGGUGACAUCAGGUGUAUGUGCGGUGGAAGUGAAUGUGGGUGAAAGGUGGGGGCAAGUGGGUGGGCAUUAGGCAUCAGUGAGUGUGUGAGUAAGUGAUAGGAUGGGGGGUUGUCCCAAUUUGCCCACCUUGAAAUAUUGGAGGGUGUGCUGUGGAAUCUGUGAUCUGUAUGUGUUUCAAAAAAGAAGUCCCAAGGAUCGUGAAACUGAAACAUCAGCCUUAUGUUUAAACUUCACAUUAGCUGCUGCAAUUUAUUUUGGGGCGUGGGGGAGUACAAAGGGUGACAAAAAAAGAGAAAAGAAUUACAAGGCCUAUAUGAGUGAAAGCUGUAAAGGGCUUGGCAUAAUUCAAAGUGAAGUCAUUGACAAAAAAUGAGCUCCCGACCAUGUGUAACUUGGCAAAUGAACUUUCCAAAGGCAUGUUUUAAAAAAGAUCUUUUUCAGAUCUUUGCCAGCUCCACAUAUGUCUUUUCAAAAAGGAGGGGUGGUUGGAAACAGGGUGGUGGGGAAACUGGCUGCACAUGUAGUUGGGGUGUGGGGAAAACUGAUCUGAAAACUCCAGUGUGUGUUUCGGCAAAGGCAAAGUACUGUUCUGCGUUGUGCUAUUUUAUUUAAUUUAUUUUAUUAGACAUAUAUCCCACCUUUCCUCUAAGGAUCUCAAGGUGGCAUACCUACUUUUCCUCCUCCCCAUUUGAUCCUCAUAAAAACCCUGUGCAGUCGUUUAGGCUGAGAGUGCAUGAAUGGCCCCGGGUCAUCCAGUAAGUGUUAUGGCUGAGCAGGGAUUUUGAACCCUGAUCCCCCAGGUUGUAGUCUGACACUCUAAACACUGUACCACACUGGCUCCCAUUAGUUCUGCCAAGGUGGGGGUUGGCAGCCAGGCAUCAUGGCACACACACACACACAUACAAAGCUUUUAUUCUUGCUCUGGGCAGGUGCCCCAGAAUCUUGAGUUUUCAUUGUUUUUUAAAAUGUAAGCCUUUAGCUGGAAAGAAAGUUAUGGAGCGAAAUCUGCAGUUACCUUUUAAAGUGAUUUCUGUGAAAUGGGAAUGACUGAUGCUACCACUGAGCAGAUUUCUCCCCCCCCCCACCCCAGAAUUGUGGAAUGCUCCCAGCAACAGCAUCAGUGUGGGUGGGUGGGUGAAAUCAAGAUUGUCUCCACAAUCAGGACCUUUCUACAGAAGGCAGCAUUUCAACUACGCAGAAGUCAGAGAGUUCUAAAUACAAACAAAAAACCACAUGUGUUUACAUACACAGCUCUGGCCCCUCCAUUCAGGCAAUCAAGAGGCAUUGUCACACUUCAAGGGCAUAUUCCAGACUGGCAGAAACACUGGAGGAAAUUGGGGAGCAGCAUCUGUGAGGUUUGUGGCCUGGAGGUGUCACAUUCUGCUCCAGACCCUGAGGUUACACACCUCUGCCUUGGAGGAGUAAGCAGGUACAGUGGUACCUCGGGUUACAUAUGUUUCAGGUUACAUACACUUCAGGUUACAGACUCUACUAACCCAGAAAUAGUGCUUCAGGUUAAGAACUUUGCUUCAGGAUGAGAACAGAAAUUGGGCUCCUGCGGCGUGGCAGCAGCAGGAGGCCCCAUUAGCUAAAGUGGUGCUUCAGGUUAAGAAUAGUUUCAGGUUAAGUACGGACCUCCGGAACGAAUUAAGUACUUAACCCAAGGUACCACUGUACUGGACUCCUCCAAGGCAACAUCCCUGUUUAGGGGAGCCUGGCAGCCUAACAAAAUGUAAGCAAUGGAUUUUAUUGAGGGGAAAUCGCAAAUGGGGAUUUGGUCACUUACACAUCACCAAAGAAGAGGACAAAAAGGAGGUACAGAGUAGUCAAGAGUUGCAGGAGGGAAAUCAGGCUGGCUAAAGCUCAGAAGGAGUUCAGGCUUGCAAGAGAGGUUAAAAAUAAUAAUAAUAAAAGGUUUCUUCAGCUAUGUCUGAAGUAAUAGGAAGAACAAGCAAGUGGUAGGUCCUCUGUGUGGGGAAGACGGAAAAAUGCUAUUGGUGAUAGAGAAAAGGCGGAACUACUCAACACCUACUUUGUCUUCACCCAAAAGUAAAGUGAUGCCCAGCCUGGUGAUAACAGAGUAACUAAUGUAAGGAGGGAGCUGCAGCCCAAGAUAGGAAAAGAGGUAGUAAGGGAACACCUAGAUGCUUUAAAUGAAUUCAAAUCUCCAGGGCCUGAUCUGCAUCCAAAGGUACUAAAGGAGCUUGUGGAUGUAAUCUCAGACCCUUUGUCUAUGAUCUUUGAGAAUUAUUGGAGAACAGGUGAGAUCCCUACAGACUGGAGGUGGGCAAAUGUUGUCCCCAUCUUCAAAAGGGGGGGAAAGGAAGACCCAGGUAACUACCAACUAAUGAGCUUGACAUCGAUACCAGGGGAGGUCCUAGAACAGAUAAUUCAACAGUCAGUCUGUGAGCAUUUAGAAAAGGAUGCUGUGAUUACUAAGACCCAACACAUGUUUCUCCAAAAUAAGUCAUGCCAGACCAAUCUGAUUUCUUUUUUUAAUGGAAUUACAAACUUAGUGGAUCAGGGAAAUGCUGUGGACAUAGUGUAUCUACAUAGUGUAUUUUGAUUUCAGUAAGGCUUUUAACAAAGUUCCCCAGGAUAUUCUCAUGAGGAGGCUGGUAAAAUGUGGGUUGAACAAGGUAACUGUUAGGUUUAGGCUGGCCAGGCGCAAAGGGGUUGGCCAGGCUCAAAGAGUACUCAUUAAUGGUUAUUCAUCAUCCUGGAAAAAAGUGACAAGUGGGGUGGUGCAGGGUUCUAUCCUGGGCCCAUUGUUGUUCAACCUCUUUAUAAAUGACUUGGAUGAAGGAAUUGAGGGGAUGCUCAUCAAAUUUGCAGGUGACACAUAACUGGGAGCAGUAGCUAAUGCCGCAGAAGACAGACUCAGAAUUCAAAACGACCAUAACAGAUUGGAGAACUGGGCACAAGCUAACAAAAUAAAUUUCAAUAGGGACAAAUGUGUCCAUCUCUAGGUGCCACAAUUUAAGAAAGCUGUUGGCAAGCUGGAACGUGUGCAGAGGAGGGCAACCAAGAUGAUCUAGGGUCUGGAUCUAAGCCUUAUGAGGAACGCUUGAAGGAAUUGGAUAUGCUUAGCCUGGAAAAGAGGAGACUGAGAGGAGAUAUGAUAGCCAUCUUCAAAUAUCUAAAGGGCUGUCACAUGAAAUAGGGAGCAUGCUUGUUUACUCCUCCUCUGGAGGCUAGAAACUGAGGCUAUGGCUUCAAGUUACAAGAAAGGAGAUUCUGACUAAACAGUCGAAAAAACUUUCUGACAGUAAGAGCUGUUCGACAUUGGAACAGUCUCCCCUGAGAGGUGGUGGACUCUCCUUCCUUGGAGGUUUUUAAGCAGAGGCUGGAUGGUCAUCUGUCAUGGAUGCUUUAGCUGAGAUUCCUGCAUUGCAGGGGGUUGGACUAGAUGACUCUUGGGUCCCUUCCAACUCUAAGAUUGUAUGAUUAUAUGCAAUUAGUAUAUGCUGAUUUAUGCAAAUCUAGAAGUAAUUACUAUACUUUAAGCAGAAAUCAAAUGCAUCUUACUCUAGUGAGGAAGACAUUAAUUAGGUGGUCUGCUAACCAGGUGCUUACUGUUGGUGGGCAGCUUCCCUGGACCAUAGGAAGCUACCUUUUCCUGAGUGAGAUCUUUGGUCCAUCUAGCUUCAGUUAGUGUCACUGGUCAUUAGUCAUUGGUCCAUCUAGUCAGUGCCAGUGGCUUUUCAGGGUUUCAGACAGAAUUCUCUCCCAUCCCUACCUGGAGACACCAGGAAUUGCACCUGGGACCUUCUGCAUGCAAAGCAGAUCUUUCACCACUGAGGUAUGCCUCAUGCUGCUCUUCCUUCUUAGGGUUGUUUAUCUGCAAUCCAGACUUGGACUAGACAGGCAUUCAAAUGGAGGAUUCUUUCAAACAGGCCUCCUUCCCAAAUAGAGGACCUUCCUGUGCAAAUUAGGGUACAUGGGCGCCCUAGGUGGGGUAGCUGAAUUCCCAGCAGGUUCUAAUCUAAGGGCACGACACUGCCUGUAAUGAGCUUGCAGAGGCAGAGUGAGUGAGUGAGAGUUUCCAAAGAGAAGCUGGCAGGGAGGCGGGGAAGCAGGUUUUUUGCUUUCCAGGGAGUCAUUUUGUGUGGCCUACUUCUGAAGCUCCAUUUCCAUUUUUAGAACAGAGUUAAUGUUCCCCCUCUUCAGUCUGAUCGUUGCUGCUCAUUGUGCCAUGGUGACCUGCUGUUUCCAAUCUAUGGCCUUUGUAUAAACUGAAUCUACCCGAGGCCCUUUAUGGACAGGCCCUGGAAAAGGGUGGAAGAUAAUAGCAACGGCUUUGCUGAUAAGAGGCAAGCUUACCGGUGGGUAAGGGUGGGAAAUGCUGUCCUUGUUAGUUGACCUCCAUUUCUCAUUUAGUGCUCCACAUCAGUUUGCACUUCUUUUUAAAGUCCUCGUGAACAUUCAUCAGCAUUUUAGUGUAAAUUUUUCCUAAUAUGUAUGUUUUUGAAUGUAGUUUUUGCCUACUAUACAAAUUUUUGCAAGAUCAUUUUCUCCAACAUAAUGCAUUUAUUUGCAUGCUAUUUCCACUAAUAUAUGCAUUUCUAUACACAAUUUACCCUUGCAUAGGCAGUGUUGUGUGCAUCACAUGACCAGGAGAAAUGCAUUGCAAAAUUUAGAGGUGUGUGAAUUUUGAAGGAUUGCUGUGUUUCGGAUUGCAUUUUGUUUUGGAAAGUGUGAAUGAAGUAGGUUUGCCUUGAAAUGUGAAUUGAAUUGAAUUUCAUCACCUGCCCCUAUUAAUGGAUGAUUUACCUUAUCACUUUUCCUUAUCACACAAACAAGCACACACAUACACAACCAAAACAAUGGCCUCUUGCAAAUCAUAUCAAUAACUUGAGUUGGCUGAUUUGCCAAAAGCCUCUCACAAACAUGCUAGUGUUCUUUUCUCAUUUUGUCAUAUGUCAGUUUCCAUGCUGUUGAUGAGUUGUCUUUUGAUGCAUCCUCAUUUUUCCCAGUCCUGACUGCAUUUUCUAGUGCUUCAUGAUCCAAUUAGUGGAGCCAAUUUGACUCUCCUAAAAUGAGAUCUAUCUGUGCCCAGCAAUGCUCACAAAGUUCAGGCCAGGAGUGAGCACCCUCAGAUUGAGGUGAAUGAAUGUUGUGCUAUGCGCUGAGAUUGUCCACAGGCCACAUCCCUCACCAGCCCUACUUCAUGCCCUCCUUGAAUGUUUAUCCCUGAUGGGAAUGUGCCAUUGAGCUUUGGUAAUACCUCUUGGUUAUCAGGAUGGAGGAUAGAGGGGUGUGUGUGUGUAGAAACUAGCCUACUCUACAAAGGCGAGAUUGAUGUUAAUUCCUCCACCCACUUUGCCUUUGGUCACACCCACCAUUCUUUUGACAUGUCAGCCCACAAGGUUGCCCAGAAGAAAUAAAGCCAUUGUUCUGGGGGGGGGGGUAGAGCUGAUUUUCACCUGUGGUUAAGACAGAGUUGUCUCAAAACUGUCACCUUCUUCAUUUGAAAAGGUGCUCUUCAUUUCUGAGUCUGUUCCAGAUUCCUUUAGGGCAUGGAUGUCCAACCAGUAUAUCGCAAUCUACCAGUAGAUCCCUGGCUGAUCCUGAUAGAUCUUGGGAUCCUUACCAUGUACAAAAAGUUAUGGGGGGCGAGCUUAAAAAGUCUGUGCAAUCCUCCCCCCGAAAAGCUCAACAACUCUGGGCAAUCCACCCACCUCACGCACACUCCUCCUCCCUCCAGUGACAAUGGGUAGAUCACUGCCAGUUUUUUUUAUACUGGGAAUAGAUAACAGUCUUUUGGGAGCUGGACAUGCCUGCUUUAGGGGUAUUGACAAAAUUAAUGCAGAGCUGCUUUCCUGUGUGAACAAACUAUGUCUGCCUUCAUUGUGUAUGAAGCCUUCUUCCACCUUAUUUUCCCCCUGUCCCAAGGCCCAGAAAAUUACCUCAAGCCUGGGAAAGGCAUUGAAGGCAGGAUAGGUGCUCCAAGUCUUUUCCUACUGAGAAUUGGGAUCACAGGUGUCAAUAUUUCCAAUGGGAAAUUCUGUGUAUAAUUUCUACCACUCAGACUUAGGGAGUGGAUAGGAAAGCCACUGAUUUGUGUCAGUUUCACCUGUCAAUCCCAAUUCCACAUUAAUUUGCAGCGAAAGAAAGAAUGAAAUUGAGCCUGCAGUUUAAGCCUGGUGGUAUGGAUCAGUUCAGCUGACAUCAAAAUUAACAGAAAUUUAUUAUUUAUAUAUAUUCCAGCUAUUUAUCAAAUCAGGCAGCCUAUGGAGCACUUUGGAAAUUGUUGGACAGUUUUCUGAAGCUUCAAGUUCAGGGUGAAGCAAAAUUUAUAGUCUGUGCCUAUCCCUACUACAUAGUAGAACUGGAGGGAUGAUGGACUGCGCUUUGGGUCUUUGUUAACAAGUUUGACGCCAACCCAUCUUAGCCAAAAACACCAAGCAGUGAAAUCUUUCACAGCUGAAGCUCAUCCACUGUAGCCAUUAAUCUAUUGACUGCUGUGGGUUAUGUCAGAUAAACUUUGGAUACUUUUUAUAAACACAGUUGCUUUGAGUCAGAUGUUUGAAUAAGUAGCACCAAUGAGUGCAUUAUGUAAUGGUUAUAUUUAGCUGGCCAGAUUUACGGAAAAGCCUUGCCUAAAUAAAAGGAUCUCCACGCUCCUCAUAACUCACUCCUGGAAAUGAAACAAUCAAUUUUGCUCUGUCUGAAUAAGCAACUGGCAUUCAUAAUUCAGAAUUAGUCAUUCUGUGUUCAUGUCUCGGUAUUUAAUCUCCUGUAACUCCUGUUAAUUGCAUAUAAUUAGCACCAAAUCAUUGAGACAUCCCUGUUAGAGAUAUCCCAUUAACAAGAGAUUGCAGAUGUGCUGAGGUCUGCUUUCCUCCUGUUUGACAUAUUCUAGCCAUGCAAGCAAGAAAGAAAACAUAAACAAGCCUCCAACUUAUACUAGUAAGAUGGCAUGACUUCCUCUCCCUUUUGAACAGUCACUUAGCAUUCGAUAGCCACUGAGAAUACCCUGAACUUAUUGAGAUUUGGGGAUGCUCCCCCAUGUAGAGUCACACUCCAUUUUGGGGGGUAUAUAUCCAAACCUUGGCAUUCCCCAAGUUUGCUCUUUCUUCCACCUUUUGCAUUUUGGCUGUGUUCAGAGAACUGAGAUUACAAUUUGGUUCCCCAUCCUUAAUAUAUACUAUCACCCUUCAGAAGUUUAUAGCCUCCAACUCCCAUCAUCCUUAGCCACUGGCCUUGCUGAUUGGGGUUGAUGAGAGAUGGAGUCCAACAUUUGGAAAGCCAUAGGUUCCCCCAUCCCUGGUAUAUAUGAAUGAAAUAUUACUACAUAGCCCUCUAAACACCCAACUGAUCACAGCAUUCUGCAGGACAGGGUGUUUUCCACAGACCAUCUUAUCAGGAGGUCCAUUUCUCACAAUAUUGAAACCAGGACUUUAGUGGAAUUUCCUCCACUUACAUAGUGGAUAGGCACCUUCUCUUUUGUCCUUUGUGCACCUUCUAAAAAUGGCCUUCUUUCAAGAAGCCUUCUAAUUUAUUUUCUAUUUUACUUACUACGUUUAUAUACCACCCUUUCCUCCAAAGAGCUCAAGAUGGUAUACAUGGUUCUCUGCUCCUGUUCUAUCCGCAGAACAACACUGUGAGGUGGGUUAGGCUGAGGGACAAGUGACUGGACAAGUCACCAAGUGAGCUUCAUAAAUGAGUGGGGAUUUCAUGGGACAUUAUUGGAAUCAGGCCAGCAAUUCAUGCUUUGCCAGAUGAGCCCAUGAAGGGGCUGAAGCUCACAGAGCUUUCCUGUAAAAUUUGCUAGAGAGAACUCUCUGAGAUCACUUCCUUUGUCUGCCUUGGUAGGAAGCUGUAACAAUACAUUGUUCCUUCCUGCCUGGGUAGCCUCUUUCUUCAUCAUGCUUCCAAGUUGACCACAUAUGCACGUCUGAGCUCUGCAGCUCAGAAACCAUUUUUUGUAUUCUUGUAACUUAGAUAGUAGUUAUAAACCUGCCUUUAUUUUGCUUCUGUAAACUGAAGCUUCAAUACCUAGAUUAUGUAAGUAAAUACUACUUUUAUUUCUUCACAAAACAAUGUUUGUGUGAUUGUUCUUGUUUAAGAGGGGUGGGGAGGGAGAGGUAAUACCAGGAAAAUCCAGCCUGCCUUAAAAUCAUCCUGGAUUGUUGUUCCUAGAAUGUCAUAUCAACCUUGUCUUAGUUUCCAAAUUUAAGCUACAAAGGGUGAUACUCGGCUGAUCUUACUAACCUGAGCAAGGAAUAAAUAAUAAGUAAACAAUAUAUCCUCUCUUAGUGUCUAAACCCAAUCCUACAUAUUUGAAUCUUGGUCUCCCAGGUCCUAAUCUGACACUCUAAUCAUUACACCACACUGGUUCUAAAUAGUUAUAUUUUAUCCCAGUUGUUGUAUGUGCUAUGUGUGUAUGUUUCUAUUUGCAAUUGUUUCAAAGGUUUAUAUAUAAGUAGCCAUUUUACAUCUGUCUUUGUUAUGUUGUAAAUCAUUUUGGGAUGGCUCAGGGGAAGCAAUUAAUAAAUGAAGUGAAAUAAUUAUAUAUUAAGAUCAACAACAGUAAGCCAUGCCUGUUUCUUGAGCGUGUCUAGAAUUCGCCCUUAGAGAGAUUGGGUUUCUCUUAUUUUACCAUUGCAAAUCAAGUUCCUUUGCAUUUGUUUAGCCAGAGAGAAAGGGAAUCAUCUUUCCUCUUGGUGAUGGCUUCAUGCUGUGGGUUCCUUUUGAAAUUCUAUCCAUGCCUGCCCAUCAUUACAUCUGCUAUAAACAAAAGGAUCCAUUUACAGCCAUCCCCAAACAACACUGGCAAAAGUUCCUGUCACACACAGUUUUUUUUCUCUUUUGUGAUGGAAGAGUCACAGGCCAAUUCGAGUAAAAAUAAAAUAAAAUAAAAUAAAAUAAAAUAAAAUAAAAUAAAAUAAAAUAAAAUAAAAUAAAAUAAAAUAAAAUAAAAUAAAAUAAAAUAAAAUAAUGUAUAGCAGAAAUAUAUGAAGCUGUCUUAUGUUCAGGUCAUUAGACCACCUAACUCAAUAUUGUCCGCACUGACUGGCAGUGGCUUUCUAGGAUUUCAUUGUUGUUGUUUAGUCGUUUAGUCGUGUCCGACUCUUCGUGACCCCAUGGACCAGAGCACGCCAGGCACUCCUGUCUUCCACUGCCUCCCGCAGUUUGGUCAGACUCAUGCUGGUAGCUUCGAGAACACUGUCCAACCAUCUUGUCCUCUGUCGUCCUUCUCCUUGUGCCCUCAAUCUUUCCCAACAUCAGGGUCUUUUCCAGGGAGUCUUCUCUUCUCAUGAGGUGGCCAAAGUAUUGGAGCCUCAGCUUCAGGAUCUGUCCUUCCAGAGAGCACUCAGGGCUGAUUUCCUUCAGAAUGGAGCGGUUUGAUCUUCUUGAUUCCAUGGGACUCUCAAGAGUCUCCUCCAGCACCAGAAUUCAAAAGCAUCAAUUCUUUGGCGAUCAGCCUUCUUUAUGGUCCAGCUCUCACUUCCAUACAUCACUACUGGGAAAACCAUAGCUUUAACUAUGUUAAACUAUAGUGAUCCAUGAAGGGGAGGAUUUCAUUAGGGGAUCCUAUUCCCAGCCCUACCUGGAGAUGCCAUGUGACCUUCUGAAUGCAACACAGGUGCUCUGCCACUGAGCUAUUGCCCUUCCCGUCAUAGAUAAAUUUGUCAGGUAAUGACAGAGCACCUUUGUCUAUAACAAUGCAAGAGCAGCAAGAGAGGUUACUGCUGGCAUGCCUUUAGCCACUGUUUCUUCCCCGUUAGGAACUUCAGAAGAGCUCUGUUUUGUCAGGUCACAGUCCCACCUAGUAUUAUUAGCAGAUAGGGCUUUUUGACUAUUUACUUAUGACUGAUAUUCUCUUCUAGUUUGCUAUUGUUGAUCUUCGUGUUUUAUUUGCUUGAAAUGCGUGGUAUGGAUUUUCUGUUGUGUAAAUCAUUCUAAGACCUUUUAAAAAGAAAGAAGAAAGGAAGCAGCAAUGAAUGAAUUAAAUGACAACAACUAUGAUGAUGAUUGGAACAUCCUAGGAACAUCAGAAAAGCCCUGCUGAAUCAGAUUAAACACCCAUCCAGCCCCACAUUCUGUUCUCACAAUGGCCAACCAGAUGCUUCUCAGAAGCCCACAAAGAGGACAGGAGUUCAACAGCACAUGGGUACACAUGUACUUGAGUAUGAAAGUUCACAUUCCAGAUCCCUGUCAUUGUGAGGUGGAUGUGAAUAUAUAUUCUUGAUGCUUGUCCCAAAUACCCACUGCUGCUGAUAAUCUCUGCCUUCAAAGAAUAGCUCCCAUCAGCCACAGCCAACAUCAUCAAUGAUCUGGGGAGAUUGAAGUUGAAUUCCAGCAAUAUCCAGAGAGAUAAAUGUUCCCCAUCCCUGCAAUAAAGUAAAAUAACAUGGGAAAAUCCUUAAAUCCCUAUUUUAUUUUCCCACUUUCUCCAUACAGUUGAACCAUCGAAGGCAGAGAGUCUUUUACCCAUUAAGAAAGAGCAGCAAUGGCAAUGACAUAUCAAAAGUCUUCUCACUCCUGCUGUGUCAAAAGCUGCAAUCCUCUCAAUCUGCCUCCUCUUUCCUUUUUCUUUUUCUUUUAAAAAACCCAAUCCCUUUCAAGACACACUGGUUCCCCCCCCACCAAGUGCCAAAAGAUGGCCUGUGGCCCAGAGUCUUUUGGCAGCAACUGGAUCUACUAGCAGAUUUUCAUUAAGCAAGGCAAGCCAUUUCAAGCUGUUCCCCAUGAAAGCCUCCUCUGACUGCCACUGUUCAUUUUUGUUAAUCUGCCCUAAUGAGGUCCCUUGCAUCUCAUUGGAGCAUGCACAAGUGAGUUGACCUCACUGGUUCCUCCAAGUUCCCACACCAAAGCGCCUGGCAGCUUGAAAUAUAUAAGCAAAGAGAAAUUGACCUGAGUUAGAGAAGGCUGCAGAACAAGAACAUUGGCACUUCUGUGGCAGCUUUUUCAAACCAGAUGCCCUCCAGAUGUUCAGAACUCCAAUUCCAACAGGCCCUAAUCUGUAUGGCCAAUAAUAAUGGGAGUUGUAGUUCAAAACAUUUGGAGGGCACCAGCUUAGGGAAGGCUGUUCUAUGGCCUCUGGUUAUUGGGGGGUUUUCAGGGACUGCAGAACUUGGAACUUGAACACUACAAAACUAACCAAACUAUUACAGAUUAUAUCCAAACUCUGGUAACCUUAGGACUUAGCUGAAGGCUUCAGGUUGGGGUCUCAAGCCACAGAACCACCUUCAGGCAGAAAAGGGAAUAGGUAAAAGGUAAAGGACCCCUGGACGGUUAAGUCCAGUCAAAGACAACUAUGGGGUACACUGCUCAUCUUGCUUCAGGCCGAGGAAGCCAGCUUUUGUCCACCGACAGAUAUCAAUGACCUGCCUUGGUAUAAAUGAGUUUUCUAUUUUCUACAUCAGUGAAUACAGAAACCUGCUGCUCUCCCAGUGUUGUGAACUCCAUCAGCCCCAGACAUCAUGGCUAAUGGUCAGGGAUGAUGGGAGCUGUAAUCCAAUGGCAUCUGGAAGACCUCCAGUUCCCCACCCCUGUUCCAUAUGAUUUAAUACUAUGGGGAGUAUAUGAAAAGUUUUACCCAUGCACAGUGCAUUCUAUUUCAUUAACAAUUGUGUCUAUAUUUGGCUGUGUAUUGUGUUGGAUUUUUUUUUGGCAGGGGGAGUCUCAACAAGUAGCUCAUUUAACAGCUCAUCUCAACAUCCCUGACAAUUGUUUGUACUGGCUGGGGUGAAUGGGAGUUGUAGUCCAGGGCCACAGGUUCCUCAUCCUUGCUUUAAGCUACAUGGUGGCUAUUGCUGCAUCUUUUGACAGCUAAUUCCAUGAGUUACGAUCUUGGUGGAUCAAGGGAAUUCUGUCGACAUAGUGCAUCUUGAUUUCAGUAAUGCUAUGGACACCGCCCCCCCAUGAUAUCCUUGUAAGGAAGCUGCUAAAAUGUGGGUUCCGCAAGGUAACUGCAUUUGACUGAACCUGAUAAUACCCAGAGUCUUCUUGAUUAUCUAGCUCAUGCAUCUAGAUUCUUUUAGAGUAUUUCAUAAGAAGUCAUAAUAAUAAUAAUAAUAAUAAUAAUAAUAAUAAUAAUAUAAGAAACACCUUCUGACCAAUGGAAGCUGAUCCUCAUUAGAACUGGUGGUGCAGAAGGGUGGGAUCCCAACAGCAGGUGCCACGAGAGUCAAUGAUAGGCACAGCCAGAGCCAAAGAUAUAGGUAGAGUGAACUAAUUAUUUUCUUGUUCGCCAUCUUGUCUCUGUUGGGUUCUACAAAAAAGGAGGAGGAAGCUGACAGGCAGGGCCACUCCCUGCAAUGGUUGGAAGUAGAAAGGCAAGGAGGUCUGGGAUGUGCUGAGGACAGGCUGAGGUUGGUGGGGCAAUGCCCCACUAGCCCCAAUAAACCAGUCUCCACUGCUUAUGGUUUUCCUACAUGAUGCACACAUACAUUGAUGCUAACAGCAUCCUGGCAGAAAAGUACUCCUGUUGAGAUAUGACAGGCAUACACUAUCCAUACUUUACAGAAACAACUAAAGUCAUUUUUGUUUUGACAAGCUUUUCCAGCUGGAUGAAAAGGUAUCUGCCUUGGGUGUUCAUUUUGUUGUUUUCUGUAGGUGCUUAGAAAUACUUUUAGUUGUUUUAUGGUAUAUUUGUUAAUUGCCUAGAGAAAUGUAAAAAUGGGAGUGCUAUGCACAGCCUCCCCACCAAUGCAAUGGGCCCCCCAAUUCCCCCCAACCUAGGCUGGGCUGACCCAGGGAAUAUCCAACCUGGAUCUGGCCCCAACUCAACUCAGUGGUAGGGAUGGUUUUAAAAUCCUAAUUAUAAACAUGGCUGUGAGGGCCAGAGGAAGGAGGUGCUGUGUGUCCAUCCCCUCCUCUUGACCACAUUGCAGAAUAGGAGGGUCCACCCUGCUGGGUGAUGUUUCACUAGCACAUUCCCUGAAAUGAUCAUGCUGGCGUAUCACACACCUGCAGCCUGCUGGUUUGAAUCACCUUAGGGUUCAAUCCUGCUCAGUAUUAAUGUGCUCUUGUUUGUAUCAUCUGGGAAUAGAUGCAUAGAUGAAUAGCCAAAUCUUCUUCCUACCUGAUGCUUCAUACCCUAACAGCCCUGGCCACUUUGGAAUCCUUAACCCAGGGCAGUCCAGAACUUGCUCCCCCUCAGCCAAAGCCUGGAUCCCCCUUCAUUGGCCCUGUUUUGUUCAGGAUGUGGACUUUGACUGAAACCAGUGCACAGGCCUAAAAUUAACAACAACAACAACAUUCUCUCUUCCUGAUUGAUGGAGCUAGAGGUAUCAUGAGCCCACCUCCUUGGUUUAACAUCUCUCUAAGCAUACUUAAAUAAUUAUGGGCACACAGUGGCCUCUCUCUUGCCUCUCUUGUUUCAACAGAAAUAAUCUGCUGUGCCCCAGGGGCUCUGUGUUUUAUUAUGAAAAGGUAAACUGAGCUACCAAGAAGUAAUUGGCAGAAGCCAGUACCUUAGGAUUUCCCGAUUUUCACUGGAGAAAUGUUGGAGGGUAUGGAAUUAUCUGACCGCCGAGCCAUCUGAAGACUGUCUAGGGAAUAUUUUAAAAAAUGUUUCUUGUUUUAUUAUGUUUUUAUAUGUGUUGGAAGCUGCCCAGAGUGCCUAGGACAAUGCAAUAUGAUGUAUAGGGUAUGAAUAGGAAAAUUAUCAAUAUGGAAUGGGAUGUCCCUCGUUUUGUCGGAGAAAUGUUGGAGGGCAUGGAAGGGGUGCAAGCAAUAACAAAGCCAUCCAACUUAACAGUGCAAAGUGUGGGGAUGUUCAAGCUACCCUCAUCUUCAGGAAUACAAUUAUGGAUUUGAGAAGUCGUUUUGCUGCUCCCAAUGAAUGUUCUUUUUUAUUUACUGCAUUUGAGGUUUCAAUAUUAUGUACUGGAUUUCUAUUUCUUUUUUAUUUAUUUGAGUGUUUGUUUGAAUUGAAUAAUGUGGUAGAAUAACAACAAGAGCAACAACAAUAGAUGCAAAAAUGGGUGUGGCAACAGAUGUAACUCUUACCUUCUGUACAGUUGGCUACAUCCCAACCGUGCCAAAUAUACACACAAACAUAAUCCAGUCAAGCAAGAGGCAUUGUAAUAGUCCAUGAACUCAUUCCAGCCAAACAAAAGCACUCAAAGGAGGACAUGGAAAAGGACUGGUGAUGGGCGUGGCCUAGGGAGAGUGGGUGUAGCUCAGGGAAAGUCCUAAGUGCCAGGUACAGAGACCUUGAAGGCUGCAUUUAGCCCCCAGACAUAAGGUUCCCCACUGCAGGCUAAUAUUUCACGAGCCACACAAAGGCCUCAUCCAGAUGAUGAGGACCUUCCCCACCAAUCAAGGAAGCUCAGAAGGACACAUUUUCUUCUAGAUCAAGCCAAGGGGUGUUCACCCAUCUCUAUUCCAUAUCACUUUCUAGAUUUGGUUCAAGGUGCUGGUGUUGACUCCACAACAACUUAAAUGGUUUGGGCUCAGCAUAUCCUAGAGUCUGCAUCUGCCACUCUGUUUCACCACAGUUUUGAAGGUCUUAUUCAGUUGCAAACUGAUCGCUUCUGAACUCACUGCUGACCUCUUCCUGGAGGUCAACCACCCUGUCAUGAUAUUGGUUUCACAGAGAAGUAACUUGCUCCAUGUAACUUUAACUGUUGCAGGACCAUUGAUAGGAGGGAGAGCUGAUCGGCACAAUCACAUCGAAACAAGCUUUUCUCAUUGUUCCUUUCUAUUGUGAACAUAAAGGAGAUUUGAAGCCAUAAGAGAAUUCCCAAGGAACUGAACCUCAACAUGGGCCUCCAUGUUUGGGUACUGGCCUUGGUGACCAUCGCUUUAUUCCAUCAACACGUUCAUGGUGGACUCAUCAAAAGAAUUAUUCGGCAGAAGAGGGAGGCUGGACUCAAUGUCACAUUGCCGGAGGACAACCAGCCUGUGGUCUUUAACCAUGUCUACAAUAUUAAAGUCCCCGCAGGCAACCUCUGCUCUGUGGACUUGGACUCAGCAAGUGGCGACUCAGAACUCAAGACUCAGACUGAGCAGGACAAGCAAUACCAGGAGCAUACAUUGAAUGAGGAGAACCAGAUUGUCUUCACACACAGGAUAAACAUCCCACGGCGGGCUUGUGGCUGUGCAGCAGCCCCUGAUAUCAAGGAUCUCCUAAGUAGGUUGGAGGAACUGGAGGGACUGGUGUCCUCUCUGCGAGACCAGUGCACCAGUGGAUCCGGGUGCUGCCCCAGUGGACAACCAGCAAUAGGUAUGGCAAAGCAGAUGCUCCAACUACUGAGCUGUGGCCCUUCAACAAUGUAAUGACUGGGGUGCUGAGUUAGGAACAAAGGAAGCUGCCUUAUGCUGAGUCAGACCACUGGUCCAUCUAGUCCAGCAUUGUCUACACGGACUGGCAACAGCUCUCCAAAGUUUCAGGCAGGGGGCUCUUCCUGUCCUACCAGGAGAUGCUGGGAAUAAUAAUAAUAAUAAUAAUAAUAAUAAUAAUAAUAAUAAUAAUAAUUUAUUAUUUAUACCCCGCCCAUCCGGCUGGUUUUCGCCAGCCACUCUGGGUGGCUCCCAACAGAAUUAAAAGCACAAUAAAACAUCAGACAUUAAAACUUCCUGAACAGGGCUGCCUUCAGAUGUCUUCUAAAAGCCAGAUACAGUGGUACCUCGCAAGACGAAUGCCUCGCAAGACAAAAAACUCGCUAGAUGAAAGGGUUUUUUGUUUUUUGAGCUGCUUCGCAAGACGAUUUUCCCUAUGGGCUUGUUUCGCAAGACGGAAAUGUCUUGCAAGUUUGUUUCCUUUUUCUUAACACCGUUAAUACAGUUGCGACUUGACUUCGAGGAGCAACUCAUCGAACACGGUGUGGUGGCCGUGUUUGAGGUUUUUAAAGACUUUGGUGAUUUUUGACGCUUUUCCAAAACUUUCCCGACACCGUGCUUCGCAAGACGAAAAAAAUCGCAAGACGACAGAACUCGCGGAACGAAUUAAUUUCGUCUUGCGAGGCACCACUGUAGUUGUUUAUUUCCUUGACAUCUGAUGGGAGGGUGCCACCACUGAGAAGGCCCACUGCCUGGUUCCCUGUAACCUCACUUCUUGCAGUGAGGGAACCAUCAGAAGACCCUCGGAGGAGGACCUCAGUGUCCAGGCUGAACAAUGGGGGUGGAGAUGCUUCUUCAGGUAUACUGGGCCGAGGCCAUUUAGGGCUUUAAAGGUCAGCACCAACACUUUGAAUUGUGUUCAGAAACAUACUGGGAGCCAAUGUAGGUCUUUCAGGACCAGUGUUAUAUGGUCUCGACUGCCACUCCCAGUAACCAGACCAGCCGCUGAAUUCUGGAGCAGAGGCUCCAGUGCAUGCAGAGCAGAUGUUCUACCACCAAGCCAUAACAACAGGUAUUAUUGUUGUGGGAUUCAGAAAUGCUGCACAAUAAACUGCAGAUUCCUCAGAUGUCUGCUGUCCUAAAAGGCUUUCAGUCUAUUAGGUGGACCAAAAUAAAUAAAUCAGGAAAGGAAGUUGUAGUCGAGAAAGGCCCAUGAUGGAUAACAGGUACAGGGUGCAGUUUUUUUAGUUGUUCAUUCUGUUUAAUAAUGUAUACCACCAGUUCCCAAAUAUUUCUUCAAAGAGCCUACUUACACAUUCAGAACACAAAAUGCAUAAAACACUCAACAUUUAAAGGGGAAUCAAUAUUAAAGUCUAUUAGCAGUCACAAAAUAAACCCCAGUGUGGCUGAUACUUUUCCCUGUUUGGAAUGGUGAGUGUGUUGUGAAUAGAUGGUGGGUAGCUAGGGAUUCUAUCUCACUUUUGUGCAAUAAGUUGCAUUCCGGCCAUGCAAAAGUGAGAAGUCUGUAUACACACAUCACAAUUCUCCAUCCCCCAUCCAGGCAAGCAAGAAGCAUUAUCAAAGAAGCAUUCUAGCCACCCAAAUGUAUUCAGGCUGGAUGCAGCCUAUGGGAGGGUCUAUGAUCUGGAGAGAGUCCUCUUGAAGGCCAAAAAAAGAGGCAUGGAGGGUUGCGUAUGGCUCUGUAGCCUGAGUUUCCCACCCCUGGGUAGGCGAUAGACUAUAUGCAAAGAGGUGGUGCAUCACAGUUAGGAAGCAAUUGGGAUUGGCCAUAGGUACCCUACUAGAGGACGGGCCUUAGCAGAAGCAUGGUAAUACAGGCCACUUUUGUCAGCCCUGGAAAAGCAUUCCCCAUGCAUCCUUCAUCCAGUGAGCUCUGAACAGGCCCGAAAAGGCCACACGAAAACAAUCCUGCAUUCAUACAUACAUUUGCAGUUACUGAGAUUCCUCCCCACCAUGUUUUAUCAGUGCAGGUUUAUGAAUCAAGAAUGCCAAGGAAGGCAGAAAAGUCAGUGAACCAACUUCUCAUUCUCAUUCUCAUUCUCAUUAAUUGCUUAAUGCCAAGAUAAGUAUGUAAGUAGGAUAAAAAAUCAGCUACACAAAUAUAACAACAUCCACAAUGCACAGCACAUUGUGUUGUAUUAAAUGUACCGGUAAAUUCUAUGUUAAAGGCAUUUAGUGGCAUACGUGUUCUGUUUGUGAAUGCUGUUGCACAAGAAAAUGCAUAAGCAAGUUUGUAGUAACUUUGCUGCACAACAUAUUUGGCACUCUGUCGUGCGAUGAAUUUCAGCUUGCCCACGGCUAACACUCAGUUGUCCACUAGCCAAAGAGAAUUUUGCUUCAGCAGACAGAGACAUAGCUCAGGGAAGACUCUCUGAAAUUAAUUGUCAUGACUAAUUUCAAUGAGUCUGUUCCAGAUAUAAGUUAGUUGGAGAAUAAAACAUUAAAACAAUAUAAACUUGCAUCAUCAAAACAUGUAACAAAACAAUCCCAUUAAAGCAGUUAAAACAGGAGCCUCAAGUCAAGAGAACAAGGGAACGCCUACGUAAGUAUUGUCAGAAGCUGAAAGGAUGCCAGUACAGGUGAUUGGUUGUUUUUUUUCAAGUUUGAUUUUUUGGAAAAUUUCUGACUUAAACCAGGACUUGGAAAGAGUAGCAGUGUGCCUCUGAGUACCAGUUCUUGGGAAUCACAAGUUGGGGAAUGGGCUGUUGUGCUCAGGUCCUGCUAGUGGGAUUCCCAUAAGCAUCCAGGCAACCACUGUGAUAACAGGAUGCUGGACUAGAUGGGCCGUUGCCCUGAUCCGGCAGGGCUCUUCUCAUGUGUUUAUGUUAAUGGAGGGAAACUUCUAAUCCAUAAUGUUUUUUGGUGCUUCUUUGUUAGCUAUUGCUGUAUUUUUUUUUAUGAUGGCCUGCUUCCUUGUUUCACUGGCACAGGUCACAUUGAUGCUACUCCCUACUGCAGUGGACGGGGAAACUACAGUAAUGAUGUCUGUGGCUGCAUCUGUGAACCUGGUUGGAAGGGCCCCAACUGCUCUGAACCAGAAUGCCCCCAGAAUUGCAACAACAGAGGGCAAUGUGUCAAUGGCAAGUGCAUUUGUGAUGAAGGCUUCACAGGGGAGGACUGUGGGCAACUGACAUGUCCUGGGGACUGCAAUGACCAAGGCAAAUGUGUUGAUGGCAAGUGUGUGUGUUUUGAUGGCUACGCCGGGGAGGACUGUAGCCAGGAAGUUUGCUUGGUGCCAUGCAGUGAGAAUGGGAAAUGCGUCAAUGGGCAGUGCAUCUGUACAGAAGGCUUCAGUGGGACAGACUGCAGCCAAUCCCUGUGCCUCAAUAACUGCAAUAACCGUGGGCGCUGUGUGGAGGAGGAGUGUGAGUGUGACGAAGGUUACACUGGAGAAGAUUGCAGUGAGCUUAUUUGCCCCAACGACUGCUACGACCGUGGCCGUUGCGUUAAUGGGACCUGCUAUUGCGAUGCUGGGUUCACUGGAGAAGAUUGUGGGGAAAUGACUUGUCCCAGCAACUGCCAUGGGAAUGGUCGAUGUGACAAGGGUUCGUGUGUAUGCUAUGAAGGGUUCAUGGGGGAUGACUGCGCCGACCGGAGGUGCCCCAAAGACUGCAACAAACGCGGCCGUUGCAUUAAUGGACAAUGUGUGUGCCAUGCGGGUUUCCUGGGCCUUGACUGUGGAGAAGUGAGAUGCCCCAGUGACUGCAACAACCAUGGUCGCUGUGUGAAUGGCCAGUGCGUGUGCAAUGAAAAGUACAUGGGAGAUGACUGCAGUGAACUGCGUUGCCCCAAUGACUGCAACAACCGUGGCCGCUGCAUCAAGGGGCAGUGUGAGUGUGAUGAGAGGUUUAUGGGGGAUGACUGCGGAGACUUGAAAUGCCCUAAUGACUGCCACAACCAUGGAAGGUGUAUCAAUGGGCAGUGCGUGUGCAACGAGGGCUUUGUGGGUGAGGACUGUGGGCAGCUGCAGUGCCCCAAUGACUGCAACGACCGGGGACGCUGUGUCAAUGGCAAGUGUGUGUGUGAUGACGCCUUCACUGGUGUGGACUGCAGUGAACUGCGGUGCCCAAAAGACUGCAACAGGCAUGGUCGCUGCAUCAAUGGCCAGUGUGUGUGUGAUGAGGGCUACACAGGGGAGGAUUGUGCUGAAAGGACCUGCCCCAAUGACUGCAACAACCGUGGGCGCUGCAUCGAUGGUGUGUGUGUUUGCAAUGAAGGCUUUGUUGGGGAUGACUGCCGAGAACUGGCCUGUGUGAACAACUGCAGUGGCCGAGGCCGUUGCGUGAAUGGGCAGUGUGUUUGUGAAGAGGGCUUCACCGGGGUAGACUGCAGCCAACUGCAGUGCCCCAAAGACUGCAACAAUCAAGGGCGCUGCAUCAACGGAGUGUGCAUAUGCGACGAGGGAUACCAGGGACAAGAUUGCAGUGAGCAGUCCUGCCCCAACAACUGCAACGAUCUCGGGCGCUGUGUCAACGGACAGUGUGUCUGUGAAGAAGGUUAUGUAGGGGAUGACUGUUCUGAUGGUAAGUACCACCCAAAGAGUUACCAUUAUGUGCAUGGGCUCCCAGUGGGAGGCAAGGUGGGGCAGUUGCCCACAUGGAUGAACCAUCAUUCUCAGCAUUCUUUUAUUUAUUUGUUUUUUAUUUAUAAAAUUUUAACAGCUUUUAUGCACACAUUGUACUGUAUUCAUCACUUCUUUUCCAAAGACUUCCUAAUCCAUCUCUCUGUGGCAUACUAUGGAAAUCUUGAUCUGCUGCAUAUCCUCAUAUUUUACCCAUUAUCAUUUCAAGACUUCCUUUUUGAUGUUAUCUGCUACUCAUAUGUUAACUCCUACUUGUAGGUUAAAUUGUAUAUUAUACCCUGUAAGAUAAUCUCCAAAACACCUCCACUCUUUUCUUAUCUUUAACUCAUCCUUAUUCCUUAGUUUUGCCAUCAUAGUUACUAAUUCUAUGCAUUCUAUCCAUUUGUUCUGCCAAAUUUCCUUUGUGGGUAUCUCUUCUUCUUGCCAUUUUUUUUGUUUUUUUUUUGUUUCUUUGGUUUUUUUUUUGCAUAUACUAUUCUAGCUGCAGUGGUUGCGUACAAAAAAAUAUUGAGUGUCUUUUUUGGAAUGUCAUCACCUAUUAUCUCUAAUAGAAAGGCCUCUGGUAUUUGGGGAAAUGUGAGUUUUAGAAUCUGUUUUUAAUUCUGUGUGGAUAAUUUACAUGAGCAUAUUUGCAUGACCACCACGUAUGGAUCAGGGUUCCCUCCACUUUGUGGCACUUCCAGCAUAAAUUAGACCCUUUUAAAUACAUUUUCACUAAUUUUUCUGGGUGUCAAGUACCACCGGUACAUAAUCUUUUGUAGGUUUACUUAAUAUGUUGUAACCAAUAUCUAUGGCCCAUUUUGUCGUUGGCCCAUUUUGCCCCACACUGUCUAGGCAGAGGUCUGCACUUUAAAGUUCCAAGCCAGAGCUUUCUCUAUGAAAACCUGCUCUUUAAAACUGAAGUGCAAUGAAAAGCAAUUUGGGUUUUCUGUGAAUUUCCGUUUCCUCCAAUUCAGCUGUAAAGAGCAGGUUUUUGUGGGGAAAGCUCAGGAGCAGCAACAACAAAAAAAAGAGCACUUGGACAGAGCUUUAAAGCAUGGAGGUGAGGUAAGAGGAGGCUAGAGUGAAGAGAAAAGCAACCUCCUCUCAGCACCCUAAACAAACUGUUUCCAGGAGUCUCUGAGGGAAGCCGUUACAGUUUAAAGUGCUAUGAUACUGUUUUAAAUGUAUAGUGCAGACGGCUUCAAAGUUACAAACGAGCUAAAGGUUCAGCACAAACAUUUAAUAGAGCCCUCUUUUAACUGUACUAUGUUGAACAGCAAGGUAUGGGUAGCAUUUUUUCCUGUAAAAACAACAACAACAAGCAAUGUGAAAUCCAGGUUCUAGCGUACAUAGGGUGCUGGUGGGAGCCUUCAGAACUCUGAUUCCCCACCUGCAGUCCAAAAUUACUACCCCCAGCCCCGUCAUGCAUCCUAGCCCUUAGCAUGGCAAAUGAUCUGUGUCUCAGUUUUAAAAACAUAUGCCAUUUGAUUCCCUUCCAUGAUACAUGAUUUUAUUUUAUCUUUUAAUUUCUCUUGUUAGUAUUGCCUCCAAAAGAUCUGACAGUUACAGAUGUGACUGACAAGACUGUCAACCUGGAAUGGAAGAAUGAAAAUGUGGUCACUGAAUACCUCAUCACCUACAUCCCUACCGGAACUGGUGGCUUAGACUUUGAGUUCAGAGUGCCUGGGAACCAUACGUCAGCCACCAUCCGGGAGCUGGAGCCUGGUGUGGAAUACUUCAUCCGUGUUUUUGCCAUCCUGAAGAACAAGAAGAGCAUCCCAAUUAGUGCCCGGGUUGCCACUUGUAAGUACAUUAAAGCCCAGCUGAGCCAUUCAACUAACUUGCUUGUCUACAAAACACUUACCUUCCUGUAAAAUCAGGAAGGAAUACAUGGGUGCACUGCUGUUUGCUUCUAUGUUAUUGUUUCUAUGUUAUGAGCCCAGAUGUAAUUAAGUGGGUACUAGUUGGGGCAGCCAUCAUUUCCCCUGGUUCAGAAAUCCUUUCUCCAAUACUAGCCAAGUGCAAAACACCUCUUAUUUAGCAAAGGAGGCUGGUCCAUUAGGGUGAAUGGGGCCUGACACUGCCCUGCCAGCUCUCACCUGCCUACCUUUUUUACUUAGGACCAGCCCAGAGGGUAGAACUGCCUAUCAGCUUCCUCCUCCCAAUUCUCUGUGUUGCCCCUUGCAGAACCAAGCAGGAAGGCGCUUCAUCAGAAAGCCAAACCUGAGUGAAGGCAAUGCUCUUACUCUGGAAUGACAACAUGUAGGCAAAGGGGGGAAAUGGGCCAAGGAGCAAAGCAUGAAAAGAUUUAAGCCAUCUUUACAGCCCCCCCCCUCCUGCCCUGUUGAUAUUUUAACCCCCUCCCAUUGCAAGAAUCUCCUGAUCUGAUGUUUUCAGAAAAGAGGGGCUGGAAACUGCUCUUCCCUUCUGCUCCUGACUGCCUGCCUGACUCUGUGUGUGGAGAGAGUCUUAUCUAUGUAGUGACUAGAUGGCUGAGUGAGAGCUGUAACACUCAUGCAAGCCAGUAGUUCUUUAGUUUGCAGUAGCUAUUAGAAAUAAAAGAAGUUAUGCUUCACAGCUAGCUCCCUUGUUAUUUAUUCUCUGCUGAGUCUGGUGCUCACAAUGCACAGUUGUGAGUCCAGUGCACUGCGACCUGCUUUCCAGAACUGGAAGGCCCCUGAAAGUGCUCCAGUUGCCUAGCCCAGUCGGGGCAGAACCAGUUAUUGAGCCCAGUCGCUGACAUCGGUUGAAAGGCGUACUGACAUGCCCCAUCCCACAUUGCAAACAGGAAUGUGGCUCUUUGCAACCUUCCAAUGAGUUGAUGGAUUUGGAGGAACUGCUUUGUUUCAGUCCUAAAUCCUGGGCCUUCCUCAAGAAUGACAGGGAAAAGAUUUGAUAGUGUGUUCCCAGUAUGUCAGAUUUCUUCUUUGUAGCUUACUGGCUUUCAAGUAGUGUUCCAGCAUAUAGUGUUGGGGGUAUUUCUAUAUAUAUAUAUUUAAUGAAUAUGGUUUGAAUGCUGAAGCCAUGCUUCAUGCAUCUGCUUUCUGCUAUUGCUUUCCAGAUUUGCCUGCUCCAGAUGGCUUGAAGUUCAAAUCUAUUAAAGAGACAUCAGUGGAGGUAGAGUGGGACCCCCUGGACAUCCCAUUCAGUGGAUGGGAGAUUGUUUUUAACAGCCUGGUAAGGAAAGAUAUGACCUAUGAGUGGGUCCCUUGUGAUGUGAAGGGUCCGGGUUACAUUUCUUGCUUCUUUAAAUUCCAAAACUUAUGCAUUGCAGAAGGAGGAAGACAAUGUGGGAAUCAGGAACAGUCUAAAGAAGCCUCAAACAUCGUAUCUGCAACCAGGCUUGGCACCAGGGCAACAAUAUAAUGUGUCUCUUUAUGUUGUGAAGAAUCAAACCAGAGGACCUGGCCUCUCCAGGGUAAUAACAACAAGUAAGUAGCAACUGAAUGUGAUCAGCCUCUAGGUGACUGUGCCAGUUAUUAGUCUGAUUAUUUAGUGAGUUGCUUCUUGUUUGUUGCAAGAAGAAAAUAAAUACCCUGGGAAGGUGAGCAAGCAGCAAUGCUGAGAGAAGCUAGAAUGGAUGGCAUUUGCAGUGGAUGACUGUAGCAACUGUCAAAACUGAUCGUUGCUGCAAUCUUCAAGAGGCUUCUCACCAAACAAAGGAUGAGCAAGGUCAUUAACAAAAGCAUAAUGAAGUACUCUAUAUCCAAACCACAACCAUUAUCACUGGAGAACAUUUUAACACUAAAAAUUACUUAGUUGAUUUGAAUCUAUUUUUCCCAAUAGAGACUGCAAUUGCAGAAUACUGAAAAAUCACUACUCUUUCCAUUGUGAGAAAAUGAGAUGCCGAGGUCUGACAGCAAACACUAGAGCCUGUGCUGUGAAAGGGAAGGGAGAAAGCAAACCAGUCAAACCAACCUCUUCCUCUUAACUUCCACUGCUGGGAAAGGGCCCAUGCAACAAGAGCUCCUUCUUCUCACCAGACACCCUGCCCCUCAACAGCUGCCGAACACUCCAGAUAGCCCAACCCAACCUUGGGCAAUAUGAGACUGUCUUUAUCUGACUCAGUCAAAGCCUUAGCAUGCCCAAAAGCAGUUCAUUUUAGGAUUCAGGAGCUGGAUAACUGGUGUAUAAUCUUAUUUAAAGGGCCUGUUACCUUUUCUGUGUACAUUGGUGUCUUCUGCGCAGCAAAGUUUCAAGCUGGGGGACUUAGAAUUACAGAAUCAUAGAACUGUAGCGUCGGGAGGGACAUCAAUGGUCAUCUAGUCCAACCCCCUGCAACACAAGAAUCAUAUCUAAAGAUUCUCAGCCAUCCAAACUCUGUUUGAAAACCUCAAAUGAAGGAGAGUCCACGACUUCCCAAGGUAGUCCAUUCCAUUGUCAAACAGCUCUUGCCACCAGAACUUUAUUCCUAAUGUUUAGUCAGAUUCUCCUUUCUUAUAAUAUGAAUCCAUUUGUUCAGAUCCAGAACCCUCUGGAAUACCAGAAAAUAAGAUUGGUCCACCUUCCAUGUUACAGACCUUCAAAUAUUUGAAGACGGCUAUUGUUUCACCUCUCAGUCUUUUCUUUCUGAACAUACCCAUCUCCCUCCCAGCUCCUCAAGUCUUUCCUGAUCCUCUGGUGAAUCUCUGGUCCACCCACUGGUCAGGUUUCACCCAUUGGCCAGGAAUCUCCUUAGAGCUCAGGGAACAUGAUAAGGGAUCUGGUCCCAGCAGGUCCACAUGGGAAGAACCAAGCCGCCUCCUUGGAACUCCUGUGGUGAGACCACUGGGCACAUGAGGAUUCUUGGUCUGGGGCAUGUCAGCCAAGGAGCAAGUCAUGGGAGUUGAAACCUUUCUCACAUGUCCUCCCUCCUCACCUCCACAAUGUAACAGGCAGCAAUUGGAAAGAUAAUUUGCUUCUCAGAACUGCAGUCUCCUAACAUAGUGUGGGGUGCAUCUAACCAGAUGGCUACUCAUUUCAUAAUGGGGCCCUAAUUGAAAGGCUAGGGCUGAGGGCCCACUGACAGCCUCCUUCCAGAUGCCCCACAAGAACUGGGAGCCAAUACUGUUGGAGAGACUAGUAACAUAAUAUUGACACACAUUGGGAUAGGAAAAGGAAGAGUACAAUGGAACUGUGGAGGAGGUAGAGCCAUCCAUUGAAAAAACUAUCUCUCUGCAUUUCUGUUGGGUCACCUUCCUGCUGUGUCUAGAUUCUUACAGCAGUAAAGAGGAACAAUAAAGGCACUUUAUGUCACUGCAGUUCUCGUUGCUGCUGCAAAAAGAGUAUGGAUAUCCCCAGAGGGUUAGUAAGUGGGCAGCAGUACUGAAGCGGGGGGGGGGGGGGGGCUCUCUGCAUGUGCCUGUAGCAACUGUCAGAUUGAAUAGCUUCUCACCACAUGGGGAAAACAUUUUAUCAAGUUUUAUAUGGUUUAUUAGAUACAGAGAAAAUUAGAAAAUGUGGUAAAUUAACUAGCCAACUAAUUAAUGAAUUAAAUGAAAAUGAAGACUGUUUUGAGAUGGAAUUGUAUGGCCUCUGCACACCCCCACCCCAAAUAAUUUUUGCAAUUCAUUCAAAUUUAUUUUUGCACCCUUUAAAAACUCAUGAAGGAGUUGUAUGGUAUCCAAAUAUUCUAAAUCCCUGUCUCAUCCUUUUUCGUACUCAACAGAACUUGAUGCCCCCAGCCAGAUCGAGGCAAAUGAUGUUACAGACACUACAGCACUGAUCACAUGGUUUAAACCAUUGGCUGAGAUUGAUGGUGUUGAGCUGACUUUUGGGCCCAAGGAUGUCCCAGGGGACCGAACAACCAUCGACCUCUCGAAGGAUGAUAGCCAAUACUCUAUUGGGAAUCUGAAACCACACACCAAAUAUGAGGUGACACUAGUGUCCCGACGUGGGGAUAUGGAGAGUGACCCUGUGACGGAAACCUUUGUCACAGGUAAGAGGUGGUCAGAGUUCUUCUUCCUACUUACCUACCUACCUACCAUGGUUUCCAGUAUGGCAUCGAUGGAUGCAAUGGUGUCCUUGAUUGAUAACUUUGGUGCCCAUAGACCCACUGAGCUCCCUCUCACUCAGUGCCCUUUUAGUCAUGAUGUGGUGAGGAAUUUACUUUUUUUCAUCCCUUGAGAACUGCAUAGAGCUGGGGGAGGAAGUUGGAAGUCAGACACACUUUCCCACUUCCCUUUUCAGUUCUAUGUGCUUGUCAGGUCUUGUAUUAAUUGUACUGGAUCUGACUUGCUCCCAGAUCACUUGGAAAAGCAAAGUAUAUGAUCAGAGCAAGCUACAAGUUGGGACCAGGCUGGUCUUCCCUUGUUGGAUUUCUUGCCUGAAUAGCAGCUGAUGACUUUUGCUUCUACAGUUCCAGUUUAAGAACUCCAGCAGGUAGUUGGAGCAGGGUGUCCUUUUCUGGCAAAGCAGCAGCAGCUGCUUCAGCCGAUGGAUGGGUCCAGGCUAGUCUCUUUCUUGCCGUGACAUUCUCCCUGGGAGAAAGGGGAGCAGCCCCCCAGUGGGCCUUGGUCUACUGGCUGAUUGCAGAGGCCAGUGUGUGUUGCCCUUGAGCUCUGCUAGCUCAGAGCAGACGUCUACUAUGCACUAAAUCCAUUGCUUUUAAAAUUAUCUACUUUUGGAGAAUUGAUUCAGUCCUUACUUUUCUGACAACAAAUAACUGCCUUGGAACCAUGGUGCACUGCAGAACAUUAUGGAGCAAUCCACGGGGCACAUUCAGUGUACUAGUUAAGCCUUUGAGCAUCACUAUUGCUCCACAUGAACUGCAGAUGUGCACCAAAGCUCACCCCAAGCGCAUCUGCAGAAACACUUCUCUGGAAAUGCUUGGGAGUACUGGGAACACUGGUGUGCCACCACAUUGAGGAAUCUUUUGAGAAUCUUCUGAGGAACACCAAGGCACCCUGGGAUUUAAUCCAAAAACUACUGCUCUAUCACAAGGGUGGGGAACUUGUAGUCCUGCAGUCUGCAGAUGUUGCUGAAUGCCAAUCCUUUUCAGUACCAACCAGCAUGGCUAAUGGUUAGUGUUCACUGGGAUUGUAGUGUAGCAACACUUGAAGGGCUACAGGUUUCCUAUCUAUGCUAACAUACCAAGGUUGAAAGUAUUGGGUUGCAUCCUACUAGGUUCUACUCAGGGUAGACCCAUUGAAAUGAAUGGACCUGUUAGUCAUGUCCAUUAAUGCCAAUGAGUCUACUGUGAAUAGGCUUGGCAUUGGGCAGAAACCACUGUGCUGUUAGAAAGAGAGAGUUCAUAAAUGCUGAACCAAAUCUGAACAGAGCAGAAGGAAGUUUGCCUGUCACUAAUGGGGAACAUGUCCUAACAUUUGUUAAGCCCAAAGCUUCCCCUGCAGUUCUGCAUACGCAAAGUUUGCUAACAGUUAACCACCUUCCUUCUGCCCAGAACUGGAUGCUCCAAAAAAUCUGAAACACCUGUCUCAGACGGAUAACACCAUCACCCUGGAAUGGAAGAACAGCCAAGCAACACCGGAAGCUUACAGAAUUAAGUAUGCCCCCAUUUCUGGUGGCGAUCAUGCUGAAGUCACAGUACCCAGAAGUGACCAAGCCACAACUAAAGCUACACUCACAGGUAUGGCUCACCUGAAAGGUAGUCAAGUUACUGUUGGACCAAAUGUCUAUAUAAGUUGCAUGGCCUCAAGCUUGAAUUGCAUUCUUAAGACUACAAAUCUUAUCAUGCAGGGCUAGUUAUAAGACUACAAAUCCUAUCAUGCUGUGGCAUUCACAAGUUCUUAAUCUUUUUUAUUAAAUAAAAGAGGGGGACACCUUUUUGACUGACACAGAGAUGGCAAAACAUAUAUGUUUAAUAUAAAAGAUAAAUAAUUGCACUUUUAAAAUCUUCACAACUAAGGUUUUAUUCCUAUGAAAAUGUAUACUUGUUUAAUAUAUUAAUUGAUUGGUUUAAGAACAUAUAAUUAAUUGAAACUUCUUUAAUCAAAUGGCAACAUGAAUAAAAAGCUAUUUCUGUUGUUGCUGUUGUUGUUUAGGUCUCAGGCCAGGAACAGAAUAUGGCAUUGGAGUGACAGCUGUGAAGCAGGACAAAGAGAGCUCUCCUUCCACUAUUAAUGCUGGAACUGGUAGGAAAAUGUCUCAUCUUCUUUAUAAUAGGAAACAAAUUGCCGGCCAGGAACCCCGGGGCUGUGGAUUGUAUGUGUAGCCAGGCUUCAGUGCCCUCUUCAGACACAGAAAGGAAUAGCAGCAGUGAUCGACAAGCAGUACAAAGCCUUUGGAUUGUUCAGAUUUGAUAUAAAUACUUUCUCCAUCUUUCCCAGCUUAAGAUACUGAUGCCUGGGUUCCUGAGCCACAGAAUACAUUAUGCAGGUCACAAGUAUUGUCACCCAGGGCUGCCACCUGACCCUGACAGUCUCCAUUAAACACUCAGUAUUACAGGAGUAAUGAGGCUUUUCCAGCUCAAGGGAUGCUUCACCUCAGGGGCAUCCCUUUUAGAGAUGCACGCCAGUAGUGGGUAUGGCCAGAGGCAAAAAGUAGGCAAAGCAAAGGAUGGGAUUCUAACCUUCGUAAACUAGGCUCCAUUCCAGCUUUGCAGAAGUGAGAGGUUUCUAAACACACACGCGCCUUUCACCAUCCUCCAUCCAGGGAAGAAAGGGGAAUAAUCACAAUUCAGUGUCACAUACGAUUCAGGUGUGGCCUGGGGAGGAGUUCUGUGGGCUGUAUAGAGAGGCUUGGAGGGCCACAUUUGGCCCCUGGGCCCUAGAAAAAUAAGGGGAGCCAGUGAAAAUGGGAAUCAUUAUAAGUAUUAUUAUCCUUUAUUUUUUCUUUAAUGAGCUGGCAGUUAGUGAGACUGUAGACCAUCACCCCAGCCCACUUAAACCGGGACCUGGGUGUAUAGUUGGGUUCCCUUCUUGUGAUAUUGGUUUCCAAAGCUUGUAGGCAGACCUCUUUGAAGCCCACAUUUUCCCCAUUUGUAUGUAACCCUAAGCCAAACAGUGGUACAGUACAGAUAAGCAAAUGUGCAGGUUUCCAGAGAGGAGAUCAUGGCUGCCUUAUGCCUCACUGCUCACUUUGCUGCUAUGCUUAGCUAAACUGUGGUUUGGCUUAGAGGGUCAUUCAAACCUGGGCUUGUGCUUUAACUCUCUCCACAAGCUGUAAACUCUAGAGCAAACCUGUAUGAGCUCAUGGUCUGUUUGGAGAGGGCUAAAUCCUGGCUCAAAGCUUGGAUGACAUACUGAGCCAAACCAUGGCUUAGUUUGGCACAGCACAGCACCAAAAUGGCUGGGGAGAAGCAAAUUGGCUUCAUUCUUCUGUCAGGGAGCCUAUGUGUUUGCUUAUUACAUACAAACCAAGCCAGUGUUUUUGUUGGAUGCAGUGUGUAUUCACAUAGGAAGUGCUGAAUUACCUUGGGCACCAGGUGAAUGAACAUUCAGAAUAUCCCACAUACUUUCACAAAUGAUUUUUCUGCACUCUUAAGAGUACAACUCACAUGAUCUAGAUUAGAACCAAUACCUUUCUCAAUACAGAGGGGACUACAGAGCACAAAGCUCCCAGGACUGAACUAGACCAGUGAUUUCAAAAAAAUGGAUAAAUAUCGUGCCAAUGUUCUGCGGAUAUAUGUACAUUUCAAAAUUGCAGAGAGAGCUUGCUAGGCUCUGUCAUGCAUAAAGCCACGUAAAUUCGGAACACACUGCACUCUUUCCUCCUGUAUCAGCAAAUUUCUAACUGGCACUCUGCCUGUCCUGGAAUAGAGAGGGGAGUCAGAAAACUGGUAUGUGGGUAGGGCUGUUUUACCUCCCUCUUGAAGCCACUUCUGAAGAGGACAUUGGCAUGGACUAAAAAGUUUCUUUCAAAUCACUAAUAGUGGUGGUCAACCAGUGGUUGUCACUAGGCCAGGUCUGAACUGCAGGCCCUCUGCUCACCACUGUAUCUUAUAUUGGGAAAUGUGUCCCAAAAGCGCAUACAAAAUUGCAGCCAAGCAACAGGAUCUAUCUGAGGGUUUGCAGAGGCAACGCUGUUUGCACAACUAACAACUUCAUCAUAUGGCAGGGAUGGGGAACCCUUUUCAGCCUGAGGGCCACAUUCCCUUCUGAGCAACCUUUUGAGGGCCACAGGUCUAUGGAGUCGGGGCCAGAUACAGAAGUGUGUUGAACAGCAAAUGUAAAUGCCACCAUUAUACAGUUUCUAGACACAUAUACCCCUCCAUCUCCUCCAUGUAGGCAGUCUGAUAAUUGCAUUAUUAGAGUUCAAGGAAGACACAUUUUCACCAGGCAGAAAGACUCAAGGAGUUUGUGAAGCAAGACUAGUGAGGGGUGUGCCCUGGGAAGUAUCCCAAUCUUGAGGGUCGGAGAGAGAGGCCUUGAGGGCUGUGUUCAGAUCUCCAGCCUGAGGUUUCCCAAACCUGCCAAAGGGGAUUCAAAGAUUUUAAAAGAAUGGUAUUACUCUUUGAAUAUCCAUGGGAUUGUUACACUGAAGAGGAUAAAUACUUACUUUCUGCUGCCCUUGAAGGCAGGACUAGAUGUAAUGUGUUUAAGGGUACAGUAUGGUCACAUUAGCUGCUUAAAAUGCACUGAGGUCAUUUUGCCCUUGCUGCAAUUCAAACGUUGGUGACAUGGCUGAGAUGGCAAUGAGGGGGGUGUCAACCCCCCCAUGGGAUCACUGCAUGGGCCUGGAUACCUGGCCACAAUGCUGCCCACCACAGAAGGUGAGCAGACUUGUACCAUGCUGUUCACUUUGGGGGGGGGGGGUAUCUGUACCCAACAUGCAUUACAUUUUUUGCUUCCACACCCCUGCAACCCCCACAACUCUUUCGCAACCCUUUCAGUAAUAUAGGAGUAAACAUCUCUUAAGCAAUACAGUACCAAAUGUUUGGGAAUCUUCCAGUAACAGUUCUCAGUAGAAGGAAACUCAACCUCUCUCUGCGCUUUUUACACAGCUUGUAGUCCAGAAGAACAGGAUCAACAGAAUAUACUGCUCCAGCUCCACCCAAACACAAUUGUUCAUUAACUGAGUCUUGUUAAAGCGAUUGGUCUACAUGGCCCAAAAUGGUCCCCCAACUCUACAAUUCUCUUAUUUCUCUUUGCACACAGAUCUGGAUCGUCCCAAGGACUUGGAAAUCACUGAUCCUACCGAGACAACUCUCACUUUGCGGUGGAAAAUACCCCGGGCUAAAAUUGAUCGCUAUCGCCUUACUUACAUGACCCCUGAUGGGAGGAAGAAUGAAAUGGAGAUUCCUGCCGAUAGCACAUCUCACAUCCUAAGAUCCCUAGAUGCUGGGACAGAGUACACCAUCAACCUUGUGGCAGAGAAGGGCAGGCACAAGAGCAAGCCUGCAACAGUGGUUGGCUCUACUGGUACGUGCCUUUGUGUUUGCAUCUCCCCAAACAGGUUCUUGGCUUGCACAAUGGUUUACAGCCCAUGGCUGAGGGCCUGAAACCAAUAGCCCCUUGUACACUGACCCUUUGGCUCUGACCCUUCAGUUCACGCCUCCAACCAAAUUGUAGGCUUAAAUUCCUAUGGGGUGUGGGUACAGCAGACCAAAAAAAAAGACAGGCAGCCCAUAAUAUGCCUUUUCUGCCAUCAGCCCCACUUCCCUCUUGCUCCAGCUUAUAUUUGCAUCAUUUUUAUGUUUCAAGAGUUCCAGUGGGCAGGCACAUGAGCAGCAAAUGUGCUUUGACCCCAAAGAUGAGCCCUGUAAUACGCCUCUUUUCAAAGGAUGGAACCAGGACACUGUGUGGUUAUUUGCAUGGCGAUGCAAGCUGCCACAUUAAAUAGGCUUCUAGAUUGACUUGGGACAGGUUAGGGACAGACUGAACUUAGCCCUAUUCAAACCUUAAAUUUAAAGCACUAUGAUACAACUUUAAAUAGCCACUUUAAAAAUCAAUCUGGGAACUGUAAUUCAUUAUGGGUGCUGACAUUUCUUACGAGACCCCCUAGUCCCCUUGCAGAGCUACAGUUUCUAGAGUGGUCUAACAAUCAACCUCUCUUCACUGGGAAGUCUGGGACUGGUAGCUUUGGGGGAAGCUAUGACUGUUUAACAUGGUGCUAUAGUGCUCUAAAUGUAUGGUGUGAAUAUGGCCCUUGUCUUGCAAAAGCUCAUUCACUGGGAGAGGAACCAUCAAAGACACAAGCUUACAUCUGAUUAAUGCUUGCAGCCAUAAAUAUGAUAACAGCAUCUUCUUUCUAGGAAAGAACUUUUCAGGAAUGAGUUUCCCAGCCAGCCACUCCAAGUCUUUAGCUCCAGUUUUGGUGGUCUGUGCAGCUAAAGAAGUAACAAGAUCAAAGUUUCCUUCUGUACAUAUUUACAAGAUGUGCAUUGAUAUUCAGAUUAGUGUCUGGAUGUUAAUGAAAUCCCCAUUGUUCCUUUUAUGUUUCAGCAAUAAAAAAUAGAGUUCUUUGAUGGCGGGGGACUGGCAUGGGCAGCUCAUUAACACCAUAUGGAAGGUUUUUUCUUCACCUCUAUAGUCCCAUCUGGUUUUGAGAACCCAGGACAGUGAAAUGCAGAUGUUCCCCAAAUUAGCACAUGCUCCACAUUUCCCCCAUUUAGGUAUUGAGUACUUAGGGACCACAAGGAAGGGAAAGGGCUUUCUUCUAGAGUCUCAUAUCCAAUACCAAUCAUUUGAAAAUUUCAAGGCAGACAGUUUCUUUUAACCAUCUGCCAAGGCAAAAUUCUAAAAAAUGCACAUGCUAUAAAUAACUGGAAUCUCUCUGCAUGAAAUAAAUUAUUGGGUACGUAAAGGUCUAUUGUGGAAAGGGAUGGUGGGAAGGUAUUCAUUGCUCUCAUCUUGCCUAGUUUUAUCUGUCAACUUCUAUAUGAGGAAGGUCCAGAUUCUGAGGGGUAUUCCCAUUCCUGCUCAGUGGUAGGGCACCUGAUUUGCAUGCAGAAGACUACAGAUUCAACCCCUGGAGUCUCUAGCUAGGGCUGGGAAAGACUCCUGCCUGAAGUCCUGGACAGCCACUGCCAGUGUAAACUAUACAGAGCUAGAUUGAGGAAGGCAGCUUCCUAUCUUCCAGGGGAAAGGGCUGUAGCUCUGUGGUAGAGCACAUGCUUUGCAUGUAGAAAUUCCCAGGUUCAAUCCCCCAGAAUUUCUAGGUAGGGCUGUAAGAAACUCUGGCCUGAAACCCUGGAGAACUGUUGCCAGUCAGUGAGUUGUAUUGAACUGGGAGCAUGGCUAUUUAGAUCAAGGAAUCCAAGUUAGCCAUGCUCAUUAAUUACAGUAGGUCUACUCUGAAUAGGACUUACAUUGGUCACAACUCUAUGUAGACAAUACUGAGUUAGAUGGGCCAAAGGUCUGACACAGUUAAAGCCAGCUUCCUGUGUUCCAUAUUCUUCUAGGGAUUGUAUAAACGAGGUCUGAACAAAAGUUGUAUAAACAAGUGAGCUCAGAUGUCCAAAUCUGGACAUUUCUAGCAUCAAAGCCUAAACCCCCUAGGAUUUUCUUGUUUUUUAUUUAUCAGUGAUCGCCAGCCCAGAGUUAUUUCUUCCCCACCCACCUCUUCCUGCUGGACAGGGAUGCCAACUAUAGGGGCUCUGGGUGCCCGAGCACCCACACCGCAGGGCCCCUGACUCAACUUCCAGUGCCUCAUGAAGCACCGGAAGUCAUGUCUGAGGCCUUGUGAGACCUCAGAGAUGCUUUACUAGGCCUUGUGAGGUCUUGGAACCUGACUUCUGGUGCCACAGGAAGUCGGGUUCUGAGGCCGGGGGAUGUGUGUGACAUCAUGACAUCACAUCGCAACAUGACAUCAUGACGUUACAUGCACUGGGCACCCAUAACCUGGGGCCCAAGUUGGUUCCACUGCUGCUGGGGUCCCUCCGUAAUAAGUACAGGAGCUCUUGCAUCAAAGUUCUGCUAGCCACUGUUCUGUCUCCCUCUGCCCCCAAGUGAAGUUGCCCUUGUCCCAAUAUAUAAGCACCAGGAGGACCAUUCAAACAAGGGCCCAGAAGGAUGCUGGGAUGUGACUCAGGGAGAUGAUUGUUCCCUUAUUAUAUUCCCUUGAUUGCCUCUAAUGUGGGCAAGGAAUCUUCCAUCCUGAGCCAAAUCAUACAAGACAUGUUGCUUCACCCCUUCUGCUGUUAAAUGACACUGGGUCCCUUUGUACUCCUUUAGCAUCAGGCAGCUUGAGUAACCCAGGCUUUGCCUUCUGUGAUUCUUAAAUUGAUGUCCCCCAGGAACAACCCAUGGAAGCGAAGACUGGGGCAAUUUGAUAGCAUUCCUCCAAAGCAAAACAUGAGUGGGCUUUUAGGAGCCGCAGCCGAUGUCAGUCACACUCUGGAAAAUAAGGAACAUGAAUAACUUAGGUACAUUGAUUUUAGCAGAACUUAGUUGGAUUUGUUUUGUGGGAUUGGGGUACUAGAAAAAGAAAUGGUAUGAAUAGUUCCAAGGCCCUGAUCCAGAUUAAGUGAGAUGGUCUCAAAUCCCACUGUAACAACAGGGAUUUAAAUUGCAUUUCCUCCUUGAAGCUCAGGGUGAAACACAUUCCCUGCCCACCAGUGUUGUCUUCACAACAUCCCUGUGAGGUAGGGUAGACUUAGCUUCAUAGCUGCAGCUUAGGAUUUGAACCUCCCCCACCCUUUUUCUGGCAUGCCAGACUCUUAUUACGGAGGGACCCCAGCAGCAGUGGAACCAACUUGGGCCCCAGGUUAUGGGUGGCCAGUGCAUGUAACGUCAUGAUGUCAUGUUGCGAUGUGACUCUCCUUCUGGUUAACUCCUUCUGCUCAAGGACCACAGACAGACUGAAGUAUAGUUCCAUUUGAGACAAAGACAGUCAAAGUUCUACUUGUUUUCAUUAACAUCAGUAAAAAUGCUUCAUACUCUUCACCUCCUCAGCAGCAGGAAGUUCCUACUCCAUUGUAAAGGGUUGGCUGGUUCCUGGGACAAAGAAAACCACUGCAUCUAGGCCCUGUGCUGUCCAUACUGACUAACAGCCACUUCCUCAGGUUUCAGGUCCAUCUCUUUAGGUAGAAAAGAAGACAGAUUUACCCCAGUCAGCAUCCAGGAAAGCAUUCCCAUCUGGUAUGAUUUAGGGAGAUAGGAAGCUGCCCUAGAGUGAAGCAGACCAUUGGUCCAUCUAGCACACUAUUGUCCCCAAUUGCCUGGUAAUAGCUGUCCACUCAGGACAUAUUCGUUGCCCUACCUGGAGAUGUUCAGGGUUGAAUCUGGGACCUUCUGCAUGCAAGGCAGAUGUUCUCCCGCUGAGCUAUGGCUGAAGUAACAGUGAGGGAUCACAUUUAAAUUCUUUAUAGCAUUCAUAUUCUCAAUAUGAACAAUAUGAACCAUAUAUAGAAAUGGCAGCAGCAGAAGCUGCAGGCUUUGCUUAGAGUAUAAUAAAUAGAGGAAUUUCAUUUUUGGAAAGAAUGUUUAUAGUCAGAUAUCUGUUGUCCAUCCAAGAAGCUCUUAACUCAAGACUGUAUUUAUUCUUUUCUUAAUCUACCUGCUAUGUCUGGCUACUGUCGCCUCAUCUAGGCCUCUAUAUUUCUCAUAUUUAUUAUAUUUCUACCCCAUUCUUCCUGUUAGAGAGCUCAGAAUAGCUACAUGUAGCUCUCAGUCCAAGCUCAUGCCUGCUUUGCUUUGGCAAUGUUAUAGAAACAGAUCAUGCACUGGGUUGUUACUAGGAUGGGGAAGAAACAGGAUUCAGUUUGCAUUUAAAGAUAAACCUGCCAAAUUCACACUUCCCUAAAAUAAUGUGAAUUGAAGCAAAACCAUCAAAAUUCAUACUGCUCUGAAUCUUGUGAUGUAGUUCUCCAGCUAAAAAAUGUGUACAAAAAUGCAUAUACUAGUAUAAUCUGUGCAGGAGCAUGCAUAUUAGUAAAAAUAACAUACAAAAAUGCAUUAUAUUAGGAAAAUCUGUUUUCUUAGUUGUUGAAAGCAUGACAUUUUACCCAUUUAACCACUGUAUCCCAGAAAAUAUGAAAUUGCUGUUCACUAUGAAAACAGGAUUCUCUCCCCUUGCCAAUAGAAGACAACUGAUAUGGAGAUAUAGGGAGCACUAUCCACUCCCUUCCUUGAAAACAUAGGAGUCAAUUCCUAGGGGCUGUGGGGGCUUUGGCCCCCACAAUAAAAUAUUUGAGGGGACUGGGGCCCCAUGAAGUUGAUGGGCAUUCCCAUUCAAAUGGUGUGUAUGCAUUGUGUCAUGUGGUCGAUUAUGUGGGGUGGGGCUUACCAGCACCCCCACAAUAUUUUAUUCAAGUUGGCACUCCUGCUUGAAAAGAGAGGGAAUCAACAGAGAAUGGUCCACUGAUUGCACUGCUAUGCAGAUAACAGGGGUGUGUGCUGACCACAAGGUUCUGUUCGUACCACAGUCUGGCAUGUUGGCAAACAAACAACCACAAACACUGGCAUUGGUUUGAGUUCUACCCCCCAGAGCAGGAGAAAACAAGCUUGCACCAUCUUUCAUGUGACAGCCCUUUAGAUAGUUGAAGAUGGCUAUCAUAUCUCCUCUCAGCCUCCUCUUUUCCAAGCUAAAUAUACCUAGCUCCUUCAGCCAUUCCUCAUAAGGCUUGACUUCUAGACCCUUGAUUAUCUUGCUUGCCCUCCUCUGCACACAUUCCAGCUUGUCAACAUCCUUCUUAAAUUGUGGUGUCCGGAACUGGACACAAUAUUCCAGGUGUGGUCUGACCAAGGCAGAAUAGGCCGUUACUAUGGCUUCCCUUGAUCCGGACCCUAUACUUCUGUUGAUGCAGCCUAGAAUAGCAUUCGCUUUUUUUUACUGCUGCAUCACACCGUUGACUCAUGGUAACAGUGUUCCACCAAGACCCCUGGAUCCUUUUUACAUGUACUGCUAGUAAGCCAAAUGUCCCCUUAUUUACUUAUUUUCCAGUACUGCACAUAUACGUGGUUGCACAUGAGUCAAUUUCAUGUAAGUGCAGGGACUCCUGUACAUUUAUUUUUGAGACACAAAUAAGCAUUUACCGUAUUUACUUGAAUUUAAUACACACCUUUUUUGACCAAAUUAAGUCAAGAAAAUUAGGGUGUGGAUUAGAUUUGAUGGUGCAUUGGAUUUGAUUGCAAGCUUGAAUAACACCACUGACAUAGCAAUUACUUUUUUGGUUUCAAGGUUUUGAAAACUGAGGUGUGCAUUGGAUUUGAUUGUGCAUAAGAUUUGCAUAAAUAUGGUACCAUAAAUGCUUUAAAAAAUGUUUUUAAACUGCAGAUAAAUGCAGAAACAGAAUGAAACAGAGUUAUGGGUGAAACACAUGAAAUGAUGCAUAUCUGAAACAGAUAGGUUCACCCUUCCAUAAUCAGAUGCCAGUGUUGAACUGGGAAUGUACAUUUGCCAAAGCAUCUUGCCUCACCUUGAAAUGCUUGGAAUUCCCUUUCCCUUUCCCUAGUUGGGUUGCCUCGUUUCCCUCUCUGCUGGAGACAGGGAAUGAACAGAAAUAGUGAUCAGGGCUGAUGCUGUCAGCUGGCACGGUCAGGCAUUGGCUGAGGACCCACACUCCAGAAGCGGGUCCACUGACAAGCCCCAUCCUCAGACUUGCUUGUUAUCUUCACUUUUGUAAUCUGUUUGUUUAACCACCUCUUUUUCUGGCUCAAACCACAGUGGUGGUGAGGAGAAGGAGCAACAGAUGCCACUGUCUGCUUGCUCAUUGGCUUGCCACCUGUCAAACAAGCAGGUGGUACUAAUGAUGAAGUAGUAGAGCAGCUGGUGAGAAUGAAGGACUUGCAUCCAAGUAAAUUUUACUCAGAACAGACCCAUUGAAAUUAAUGUGCCUAACGUUUGUCAUCUCCAUUGAUUUUAAUGGAUACUCUGAAUAUGACUAACAUGGGACACAACCCACAGUGAGAAGGCAGAGUCAGUGAGUAAGGGAAAGGCAUGGAGGGUGUCUGGCCAAAGGGCCCUCCAAAAGCUGGAGCAAGCACUGAAGGUAAUUUAUCUUCAAAGAAUACACAAUAUCCAGGGGGUGCCAUUAGCAUGAAAGGUCUUCCCAUCCACUACUUGCACUCUCUCAAUUUACCUCAUUCGUUACUGCAUUCCUGUAAUAGCUUUGGGGGAGCAAAUAUUGAAUUGUUAAUGGUUUACUGUAAAGCAGCAGACUGUAUGUGUGUGUCUUGCAAAAUGAAUUUCAGAUGGAAAUCAGUCCCUGAAUUGCCUUUUUAGAUCCCACAGCUUAAUAUUCUUGCUUGCUAGAAAGCUAUAGCUUUACUGAGGCUAUCAAGGUUUAUGGGUGGCUUCGCUGAUGUCUGCUUCCUCAGCUGUGUUCCUGAAUCUCCUUUGGAAAUCUUAUCCCCAGGUUGUCUCCUAGGACAUAUAGCUCCUGAAGUGUGUGUAUAAGUGAAAGGGAGAUGGGCUCAUAAAUACGUAACCAGGUAAAAAUGGAACUCAUUAUCAUGAAAGCUUUGAGACAGACGGUACCUCAUCACUCCUUUGCUUGCUUUCUUUGACCUUCAAAUCUGAUUAACCAAUUUGGCUCUCUGUCCUUUAUAUCUAGAAAAAGAGCCUGAGCUGGGGAAUUUAUCAGUCUCAGAGGUUCACUGGGAUGGAUUCCAGCUCACCUGGACGGCUGGAGAAGGGGCCUUUGAGAACUUUGUCAUUCAGGUGCAGGAGCCAAACCAGCCAGAAAAUGGACAUAAUAUCACCAUCCCAGGCUACUUGCGAUUUGCGAAUCUUACUGGCCUCCUGCCAAGCACUCUUUACACUAUCACUCUCUAUGGUGUGACUCGGGGCUACAGAACAAAGCCCCUUUCAGUUGAAUCCAUGACAGGUAUCUUCUUGUCUUUUUUUGCAUCUGCUCACCUGUUUCAGCCACCAUUUCUUGCUUCCUUCCUUCCUUCCUUUGCAGAAAGAGAGAGAAUGGCAUCUGCUCAACCCUGCAUUGUUUCCCUCCCUCCCUCCCUCCCUAAUGACGAGCAAAUCUCCUGUAGGUUGACUAUUUCAUUUCAUGGUAACCCGUGGAACCACUUUCUGGAGAGCUACCAAUUGACAUGCUACUUGCUUCCCUGCUAUUUUCAUCUAAAAAACAGAGACAGGGGUUUAUCAGUUGUGAUGCUUUCCUUAUUUGAAGAACAUCCCUAGCAGAAUAUUAAGGAACUGAGUGAAAGGAACUGAGGCUUGGCUGUAGAUUAAAGUAAUCUUCCAGCAUGAAAACCAUAGUCCUAAAUCUAUGCUCAAAGGCACUUUCCUCUGCAUUUAAUUUCUUUUAUAAUCAUCUGUAUUCUGAAGAUCUCCAGGCAGCAUAAUAUGCCUCUUCUUCCCCUCCAUAUGCUAUCAGCUCAGUACAGUAUUUACAAAGUUUCUUUGCAAGUGUUUCAAAAAUGUGCAGCUAUUUCCUGAGAGUUUUCUCCCAGCUUAGUGUGUGUGUGUGUGUGUGUGUGUGUGUGUGUGUGUGAUCUAAAGGAUAUUAUUGCAACUUUCCCCUCUAGAAGUGUGCAUAGGAGAAGUCUCAAAAUCAUUCCUAGGGAGCUGCUCUGCAUUCUGCUUCUACGCAUGGGGGCCUUGAUUAUCUUCGACAUCUAUUUUGCAUUGGCUUUUAGCUUCUUUCCUUAUUUGCUUGCUUGAGCUGGUCUCUCCCCCAUUUCAUCUCCUGCAUUGUUCAUCUCGGGACUUGAAGUCAAAUAGAACAGACUUUGAACUUUCAGUUAAAAUCAAAAUUAAAAUCAAAUUCAAUGUUGUUUCCCUUCUUCAGCGAUGAAGCCCGAAGUCAGCAACUUAACAGUUUGGGGCAUCACCCCUGAAGGCUUCAAUCUCUCCUGGAUCACCACCAAAGGAAACUUCGAGAGCUUUAUCAUUGAAAUUAUUGAUUCCAACAGGUUGCUGGAACCCAUGGAAUACAACAUCUCAGGCCAUUUAAAGGCUGCUCAUAUCUCAGGGCUAUCCCCUAAAACUAAUUUCAUUAUCUACCUCUAUGGAGUUACUCGUGGUUUCCGUACUCAGGCAUUAAGCACUACAGCUACUACAGGUAUAUGAUCCUACCUCACGUGUAUCAUGUGUUAUUCAGUUUCCUUUUCAAGACCGUCCUUAACCUCAGCACCAUUUACUCUUUUAUACUUCCUAUUGCCUUCUGGUGAAUUGCAGAAAUGGACAACCAAAAUUGUAAGUGUGCUGAAGUGUUCCCUUACAUGAAAAGAUAUUUGGAGCUUUCUUCAUGGGCUUUUUUUUUUGGUAGGGAGAAGGGGCAAUAAAGAGGAAAAUUAACUAUUUGUGUAUGCCACUUUUAAAGUCAUUGUUUAACUAUGAAAGAGGUAACGAUGGCCACCAACUCGGAUGGCUUUAAAAGAGGAGUACACAAAUUCAUGGAGGGUAAGACUAUCAUGAGGCGCAAUGGCCAAGUUCUCCCUCUAGUCUGUAUGCCUCUGAAUACCAGUCGUGGGAAUCACAGAUUGUGUUAACAAGAUGGUGGACUAUGGUGGGCCUUUGGCUUUAAUCCAAUAGAGCUCUUCUUACAAUUUUGUAACAGAGAUAAGUUUUUCUUCCUCUCUUAUAAACACUGAAAGUAAGGGUUAUCUGGUGAAGAUGGCUGGCGGCAGAUUUAGGACCAAUAAUAAUAAUUCACUCAAUGCCUAUUUAAAUUUUGGGACUUUCCUGUGGUGCAGCAUAGAUUUUAUUAUGUUCCAUGAAGAAAAGCAGCCAUUUUUUCUAGAAGUGUAGAACACAUCCACUUUAAGGGAAAAUGAGAAUAGAAAUGCUUGUUAGUCCAUCACAAUAUCCUAUUUUGAUGGACUUGGGAAAUUUCUAAGUAGUUUUUUCUAAGGUAUAUUAUACUUUCCAUUGAUCCUCCAAAGGUUCAUAGGGAAGAGAAUGGAAAGUGUGCUGAAUAUAUGUAGCCACAUCUAGCAUCUUCUGUAGCCCCUUGCAGAUGUUGGUUAUACAUGUGAAGAACUAAUGAGUAUAACAACAAAUCACUGUUCCCAGGGAACUCUGGGAAUUGUAUCUCUGUGAAGAGAAUAGAGGUCUCUUAACAAUUCUUGGCACCCUUGAUGUGUUAAAAAUGUGUAGUGCAGGUGGGGCCUUAAUCUUAACAAUAAAGUCUCCACCCACCCCAGUUUCACUAAAAAUAUGAAGUUAUGAAGUUUCCCAUUAUACAUAUAAUAUUAUACACAUACUAUACCCCCCCCAGAUUUACUAAAGAUUUACUGAAGUAACCUGCACAUAAAUAGAUAGACACAGCAACACACAUAACUCUAUAAAGCAGUCUCAGCUAGCACAGUCUAUGUGGGACUAGUAGUCCAACAAAACCUGGAGAGCACCAUGUUGGUAUCAAAAUGCAUAUGUUUCAAUAUACAUAUAAGAGUGUCCAGAGGAAACAGAGUACAGCAUGAGGCACAAAUGUAUUUUUAAACAUAAUUUUGCAUAUAAUUAUCCAGAUUUUUUUAAAAAAAACCAAAAACAAACCAACAGUGCACAUAGUUUAGACAGGAGUAGGUUCUCAAUACAAGAGGCAGUUCAAUGUGAGAAAAGCCCAUGGGUUAGAAUUCUGUGUAUAUAUCUCUUUAAAACUGAUUCAUUUUCCAGUCCUAGUCGUCUCAAUGCUACCUACUGCUUUCCUGUAUUUUUGCCAUUGUAUAAGUUGGACAACCAAAAAGCACCCUUUAAAGGUUGCUUUGAAUGUUAGCUCUACUCAGAGUAGACCCAGUGACUAACUUAAGUCCAUUAAAUUCAGUGAAUAUAUGCUCAGUAGGAUUUAGCCGGAUACAACCCAAAGUUUACAGGUAGGAUUCCACCGGGCAUGUUUCUUCUGCAUCCUUGAGUUCUUCUGUUAUUGUAUUCCACCUUGGAAGUUUUGCCCAUGUUGAUUCCAAUGUGUUUUUUCCUCAUAGUAACUGCACACCUCCUUAGCAAACUCACAGUUUCAGAUACUUCCUCUGACAGCCUGUCCCUCAUGUGGGAAGCGCAGGACGUUGCCUUUGACCAUUUUCUCUUAGAUGUUAGAAACACCAACAACCAGUCUCUGGACUCCCAGCAGCACACAGUGCCGGGGGACUCUCGGAGCUUUGUCCUCAUCAAUCUCAGACCGAACUCUAAUUAUACCCUCCAGCUUCAUGGCUUGGUUGAUGGGCAAAGUAGCCAGACCUUGACGACAUGGGCUACCACAGGUAUAUCACCUCCAAGGUUUGCCUUUUCUCUGAUUCCUUUUACUCAUAAGUGCAGUUUCCCCAAGUAUGAUAUUUUCCUUCCUGUCUUAAUUUAGAAAGGGUGCUUAUUUCUCAGAACCGGAGUAAUCUUGAAGGAGGACAACAUUGUUACAACUGUUGUGUCCCAACAAUUAAGGACUUCUAUAUAUGCACACAUGCUAAUCUACAUCACAUAUGUAUGUGUAUGUGUGUGUGCUACUUACAACAUACAUAUAUGCAUAUAUAAAUAUAUGUGUAUGUACUUGUUCCAGCAGACAUUUUUCUAGAGCAUCACUGCAUCUGAUCUCCCAUCACUGACCAUCAUUGCACUUCUUCUGUCUUUCUUCUUCCUGCUUUGAUGUUUUCAUCAUGAGGCCUUGCUAUCCCACAGUUCUUGUCAUCCUGAGAGAUAAAUCUUUGCAUGCCACCUCGCUUUAUGAUGGCACAUAUCAGUGUUCUGCUGUUGGACCUAGAAGACACCUCAGUUACUUAUAUUUUCAGUAUUGCAAUGUAUCAACCAAAGAGAGGUGGGAAGCUGCAUGGUUGGUACCAAUACCAUGAUACAUAUCAAGAGUCUCAUCUGCCUGGCAUCUCUGCAUAUAUUAUUAUGCUGAGUCAAUACUUGGAAUGGAAAAGCAAAGCCCAUCUCUUUCUUGAGCUUCCAGCCCAAGAGUACAGUCACUUCUACCAAUCAUCCUUGAUUGGGGUUAGGAUGAUAACAUACCUUCCACAAGAUGCCAGCGUGUUUUGCUAACAAAGGCACCUCCAGGGUAACCAAGAUCCUACUGUAUGUCUUGCCUGACAGGAUUCUUUCAUUUUGCAUUGCAUGCAGGAGCUUUUAAGUUCCAAGGGCUAUGCCUGAUCUGACCGGAAAAGCAUGCUUUGACAAUGUCCAAGUGGUGAAGAAAUGUUGGGGAAACUAUUUCAAACUUGCAUGUUAAGUCUGGUGGUGCUAUAUCUGUCUUCUGUGUUGCUGUACAUUCCACCAUCUUCAGGUGAUCAUGAGAUCACAUUGAGCUUGUUUCUUUAAAGGCACAUGAGCAUUACAAAACCAUGCCAACACUGCUUUGUCACCAUAUGGCAGCAUGAGGGCAGUUCUAGCAUGAGUCCUUAAUUGGGGUCAGUUAGGUUUCACACAUGCAGUAAGCAGUGCUGAGGCAAGCACAGCUUCUUGGGAGCUGGCGCCUGCUUAAGUUCUGCUUUGGUCCCUGCUCACACCCAUUUUUCUCCCUUCCCUUCCUGAGGCAAAAAAUAAAACAUCUUACCUUGGGGAAAGAGAAGGGAGACUUAUUGGGGGGCUCUCCUAGAUGAGCAGACCAUCCAUUGAUGCAAGUUAUGUCAUUUUUAUACUCUGGACUUAGUGGUUUUGUGCCAGGGGUGGGGAACAUCACAUGUUGUUGAUUAAGUGAUGCACCUUCUGUUUUCUCUACCACCACAUGGCUGCCAACCAGUAAUGCUUUUCUCUUUCCGCUUUUUGUGUUCCCUUUUUCUUCAGAGGUCGAACCACAGCUGGGCAUGCUUACACUCACAAAUGCUAAGGCCAACACAUUCAACCUCUCCUGGACCACAAGAGAUGGGCCUUUUGCAAAGUUGGCUGUAAAUGUUAGAGAUUCCCAUUUGUUCCGGGAGUCUCAGAAGCUUUCGGUGUCAGGAGAGGCUCAUGACACUCUCGUCUCAGGCUCAGUAGAUUAUACUGAUUAUGACAUUAACAUUCAGGGCACAACCACAGGCGGGAGACACACUGAGUCUCUCAUCUCUUUGUUGAUGACAGGUACCCAUUUAAAAGACAUUGGGUGUUUGUUCCCCCCACCCCUUCCAUUCCCCUCCUAUUUGGAUUAAAUGAAUUGGCAAUUAUGAUUGCGGCAUUUUCACCAUGUACUGCCUAUCCCAUAUCUAAGAAUGUUGAUGGAUUACAGCUUUGUGGAGCAAAGUUGAUUGACUUUCAAUUGAGGGUUGCCUGUUUGUUUGUUUUAAACCAAACAGCAGUAGGCAAUGGACAAUACUAAAUUUAUAUUACUAUGUGUCUGGAGAAGAAAACAUUGACGGUUAAUAUGAUCUCCAUCUUCGUGUAAUUGUAGUCGUGAGAUCUUGGUCUGCCUUGGAAGGUGGUAAAUUCUCCUUUGCCAGAGGUUUUAGACCGAUAUUGUUGGGCUAAAAUUGCCAUCAAUCCCAGCCAACAUGGCCAAUUGUCAGGGAUGAUGUCUAACAACAUCUAAAGAGCCACAGGUUCUCUGCUGCUAUACACAAUUACUUGGACCCAAGUUCCACUGACCACACUGAGACUUACUUCUGAGUAAACACACUGAAGUUUGUCUACCACCGUCAUAGAUCAGUGUUUCCCAAACUUGCAUCUCCAGCUGUUUUUGGACUACAACUCUCAUCAUCCCCAGCUAGCAGGACCAGUGGUCAGGGAUGGUGGGAACUGUAGUCCAAAAACAGCUGGAGACCCAAGUUUGGGAAACACGGCCAUAGAUCUUAGAAGGCACUGAAGCAGAGCUUCCAUAGUCUCGGUUAUGACUAGGACAGGUCCAUGCAGGUGUUGAUGGGUCUUCUAAUAAUCUGGUCUCAAACUGCGGCAUAACCCUUUAUGCAGCUUACAUAGACCACAUCAUGAAACUUGACUGUGCUAUCCAUGGAGAUAUUGGAUUGUACCCAAACUAAGUUCUCUUCAGAGUAGACCCAAAUUAUUCAGUUCAUUGAUUUCAACAGGUCUAUACUGAGUAGGACUGGCACUGGAUACAGCCCACUGAGUGAUGGAUAUGCAUGUAUGAAUCUACCUUGAAAACUAUAUACAAUUAUUUCACCAUUAAUACUACACUGUAAUAGUUGCUAGUUUCCCCUGCUCCCCCAUGCAGACCUGUGGUUUAUAUCAAGUUACACACACUGUCUUAUCUAACUCUUUUUUUUUCCUCCUUUGUGUUUUUCACACCUUCCCCUUCUUUCAGAGCCCUUGCCCCCACUGGAAAACCUCACUUUCUCAGGCAUUAAUCCAUAUGGCUUUACAGUGUCCUGGAUGGCAUCAGAGAAUGCCUUUGACAGCUUUCUAAUAAUCGUGGUGGAUUCUGGCAAACUGCUGGACCCCCAGGAGUUCCUCCUCUCAGGAGCCCAGCGUCAGCUGACACUUAGAGGUCUCAUAACUGGCAUUGGCUAUGAGGUUGUGCUUUACGGUUUUGCUCAUGGUCGUCAAACUAGGCCCUUAAGUGUUGUUGCUCUAACAGGUAUUUUAAUGCAACUGGAAUGUUCUCUACCUCUAAUGCACACUUUCUUCAUCCUUCCUCUGGACACUUUUUAUUUUAAUGCUUCAUUUGGUGACCAACCACGGUUUCCCUCAUCACUAGCUACUGACACAUCCACUAACAUGACUCCCAUACUUCUCUUUCUUGGAUGCCCUAUUUUUCCUGUCUCUUGGAGAACCAAACUGAGAGAACCAACAGAUGUUGAUUUGUUCAGAUGUCUUUGAACCCCUAUCCAAAGGGGGAGUUUCAAUGUAUCCUCAUUGAUUGAAUCUUUGUUUAUACAUUCUACUUCUCUUCCCUUGUUUAUUUAUUCUACUUUUGGAAAAGCAGAUUGCAUGAGGUACACAGCAAGAGAAGAAUUCUCCUAUCCAAACACUGAUCAGGCUCACAGAUAUGGUUAACUUCAAGAAAACUUGAGCUUUCAAGAACUCCAUGAGUGUUAAACUCCCUAUGGGCUAGGUCAUUCUGCAAAAUGAUGACAGGGACAAUACCAGCUGUGAACAUUAUGGCCGACCAAGUAUUCUGAAGGGUACCCCACAUCUAAACCCAUCAAUAUAUCCAUUUAACUAAACUUAGCCCCACCACCAUAUUGUCUUCAUUGGAAAUCUUCAGCAGUGGCUUUGACCAAGGAUUUAAAUCCGUGUUAGGAACUUACUUCUGAAGGAAGAAUAAUCUUAAUGCUUGGAACAUUUUUUGGUAGUACUCCAGGACUCCUUAAAACACCUCUUCUCCAUGAUAGUCGGAUCUAUUUUCUUCAUACAAGAGGAUCUGCAAUGAUGGCAAAUAUGAUCUAAGUUUGCAUACAUAGUUGAGCUUUCAUAUUCCUUGUAAGCCGAGGUAUCCAGCUUCAUUGGAAUCCUAUUGGGGAAGAUUUUACUUAGUUGAUUAAUAUAUUGUCUUUCUUCCAUAGAACUCAAUGCAGCACAGCAUACAUAGGAUUCCUAGGCAAUCUCCCAUCUAGGCACUAAAUAGACCUAGACUGGUUUUGAGCUGCAGCCAGGUUGUUGUAGCUUGUGCCUUCACACUCAAGUAGCAAACUCCUAGUUCAAGGGUAUGAUCUAGCCCUCUAUAAAUAAUUCGUCCUGCCCUCUCAAGACCAAUGGCCAAAAGAAAAGGAAUGGAAGUAGACACAGCACUGCGAUGGGUGGAGAUGCUUCCCUACCAUCACCUUGAUCAUUUAAUGGAUAGACAGCAGUAAUAUUCCCUCUCUUCAGCUGAUCUGCUUUGUUCAGCUGAUGAGGAGGUUGUCUGCCUGUGUAUGUCCUUUGUAUGUGCAUGUGAGAGUGUGUGGGGAUCAUACACAUCACUGCAUUGCCCCACCAACCUCAGUCUGCACUUAGCCAGCACCCACCUGCCUAUCUUCUUUCUUGCAACCAGUCCAGGGGGUUUCAGUGUUUUAGUCUCAGUGUUGCCCCUUGUAGAACCCUGCAGGAAGCUCUUGACCAUCCUACUCUCUCUCUCUCUCUCUCUCUCUCUCUCUCUCUCUCUCUGUGUGUGUGUUUAAUCCUUUAAAAAAAAUCACCAUAUUAAUUCAAUUCCUAGCCAAGAAACUAAGGAUUUUUCCAAUCCUUAGCAGCAUUAUUUGACAUCUACCCAUAUUUACUUGUAGCCUUUCUGUUCUCUCUCUCCAUCUCUCUUUCAUUAUCUCAGAAUAUCUUGCUAAGUAAACACAGCUCCGGAAGGUGGAAGAAAAUUGAUGCUACAGCAAUCUUGGCAGCUUUUGAAGCAUGCAUGGCUAAACAGUGAUACCGCUUUAUUUAGUUCCUUCCACCUGUAAAAGUGCAACAAGUGCACUGCUGCAUCAGACCCAAAGUCCAUAUAGCCAAGUUAUCUUUUUCCACUAGUGGCCAGCCAGAUGGGCUUGGGAACUAUUAUGUCCCCAGAGGAACUAAUUCCAGUUCACAUAUGUCCCUUUACAAGAUGAGCUAGUUCAGUUCAUGUUCAGUUCACAGUUCCAUCUAAGUUCAUCCAAAGUAACCCUAAGCAAAAAAGAGAAAAAAAUCAGCAUUCCCAAGUUGCUGAACUGAAGUAUACAAUAUAUUUAAGACUAAGAAGACAUCAGAACACACACACAGUAGACUGUGAGUUCUUUGGUUUAUUUACCCCAAUUGUGAUGUUUAUGUUUAAAGGCCCAAAGAGUAAAUAAACAAACAAAACCCACAUGUAAGAAAAUAAAUCUGAAGAAGAACUAGAAAUUGUUCAAAGUUUCUACCCCCAAAUGAACUUAAUUCAUGUUUAGUUCACCCGGAAUUUUUGAGGACCACUUUCAGGUGUGGUUCAGAAGGGUUUUUUCUAACAAUUCAGUGAAACCAAACUACUUAAACCAAACUAGUUCACUACAAACAUGUGUGCUGCCUAUGUACCUGGAAGGUUAGUUUGUGAUGGCCUGACCCAGUUCAAAUUUUGGCACCAGGGAGGGAAGGACAUGCUACAGCCAGAUAAGAGCUUUUGCACCUAGGACUAUGCUCAUCUUGAGAUCCAGAUGCUCAUUACAAGCUGGGCACAUGCAUAAUAUGAACCUAGUAUUCCAGUGAAAUCACUAAUCAAACUGCUUCAGUCAGGUGUCAAACAUGCACCAUGUGGAUCAGAUUUGUCUGAAGAGGUGCUACAUAGAAGAGAGCAAAAAUUUAUUCUCAUCUGCUUCAGAGAAAAGAACUAGAACUUUGUGCUUAUGUUACAGGAGAUCAGGUUUCAGAUAAGCAAUAGGAAAACAUCUUGCUAGGGGAAAGCAGCUCAACAAUAGAACCAGCUACCUAGGGAAUUGGUUAGGCUCUCCCUCAGUCGAGAGUCAUCUGCUCAGGCAUGAAAAACCUCUGCCCCUCCAAAUGUUAUUAGACUUCAGCUCCCAUUAGUCCCAUACAGCAUGGCCAACAGGGAAUAGUAGCCCAACAACAUCAGGAGGGCUGCAGAAGCUCCCCACUCCUGCCCUCCAUUUUCUGUAUGGAUAGGGCAGAAGGGGUGGUUCAAUAAGACAGUGCUCCACCAACCCCAGGUAUCCCCACCUGCCUGCCUUCUUGCUUAUUACCAGUCUCAGUGUUAGUCUUGCAGAACUCAGCAGUGAGGAGGUUGGGAACAAAACUGAAAUAAGUUUACUCAGCAUAUCAUUGGCUUCACCUCCACCUACUGAUAGCCUCCUCGUCUUCUGUGCCACCAGCCACCACCGGAUCAGGGGUGCUGGACUAAAGGGGCUACAAACUUAUUAUAAUUUGUGAAUUGGAAGAAUAGGUUGUUUUGUUCAAAGGCGUGCUUUGAUGUGAACCCGGGAAAACGACAAUGUUCAGAUAAUUUACAGUGGCUUUGCUUUUAAUGACCUUCUUUUAAAAAAUGAGCAGAAAAAUAGGAGAUUCUGAUGGAAGACAGAGAACGAAUGAACAUCAGGCUUACUACCAGCAUGUUUUAAUAUUGCAUGGCAGGGGGAGAUGGUGAGUGAUUAUGCCGUGCUGCUUUGGGGGUCCUUGAAGAGUGAUCGCACCUACACCCACAUAUUUUGAUAAGAAUGUGUCUUGCUCAUAAUCUCUGAAUGCAUUUCCCUCCUUUUUUUGGAUAGCGGAUUCUUUCCACUUCUUUGAAUUUGUGACGGGAACAUUUACAUCAUACGCUAAUCUGACUUGGGGCAAAUCUCCUUGGAGUCUCCUCCUUUUUCUUCUUUUAAAGGAAAUUAAAAAUAUUAUUUCUCCCUCUCUUGCUUUCUUUCUUUCUUUCUUUCUCUCCCUCCUGCACUUUCAGAAGCAGAACCUGAAGUGGACAACCUUCUGGUGUCAGAUGCAACCCCUGAUGGCUUUCGUCUGUCUUGGACGGCAGAUGAUGGAGCCUUUGACAGUUUUGUUCUUAAAAUAAGGGACACCAAUAUGGUAUCAGACCCUCUGGAACUAAUUGUACCAGGCCAUGAACGCACCCAAGAUAUAAUAGGGCUGAAAGAAGGCACAGGAUAUUACAUUGAUCUCUAUGGAGUUACCAGUGGACAACGUUCCCAACCUGUAAAUACAAUCGCUACAACAGGUAUUGUUUGGAUAAAGUGUGGCAAGGCUGAGAAAGGCAUGAUCCACUCACCUGCAUAUGUGUGCAUGUGUCUUUCACAUCUGUACCUUUCUUCUUGACACGCUACAUUUCCAUAUGCAGGGUCUUGUUUCUUUAUUUUUUAAGGUGAAGGAGCAUCCCAUCAUGUGAGCCCAGCUGUCAUUGUGAACUAAGGAGUAUUAUCCAGUGUUAGUCCUACUCAAAGCAGAGGCUUUGGAACUGAUGGACAUGACUAAUUUAAGUACAUUAAUUCCAAAGGAUAAAAUUUAGCUGCAAGCAAUGCUAGCUUUUCAUACCAUAAAAAAUUGGAAACUACAAAAAUGGGUGUAACGUCUGUGGAAUCCUUGUUGGAACAUGCAUCCAUCACUGGUCAGUAGGUCUUCACACAGACCAACUCAUGCAAAGAGGACAGCUAUUUCAAAGUGGCUUUACUUGUUAAGCAUAGGAAACUGUCCUGUAACAACUCAGACCAUGGUCCAUCUACUCAGUAUUGUCUUCACCAGAGUUGAGGAACCUCUGGCUCAGGGGCCACAUUUAACCCACCAGCCCUCCCCAUUUGAACCACAAGAUCAUUUUCCUCCAACCAUGCCCACUUAGACCACACCUGAUGUCAUAGGAAGUUCAAUACUGUUUUAUCACUAUCUCUCCCCCACUCCAUAGGCCAGCUUUUAACAGGUUGGAAGGAACACCUACAAGUCAAUCAGUCAAUGUUAUUAUGGUGCAAGGUGAUUGACAUGUCGGUGCUCCUGCCCUAUCUGGGGUUUCAGGCAAGAGACAUUCCAAUCCCUACUUGGUGAUGCCUUGGAUUGAACCUAGGUCCUUCUGCAUGGAAAGUAAAUACUUUGCCACUAUGAUACAGCUUUUCUCCAGGAUAAAUAUCUAUUAGCUGUUACAGUGCCUCCUUCCCACCAUCAUCAGUGACAGAAUCUGAGUCAGCCCUUUUCAGAAUGACUUAGGAGCCCAGGAUUUAAUUCUGUAAGUUGGUAACAGGAAAAAGUCCAUUAAAAUCUCCAACAACAUUGCUUAUAGUGCAGCAAUUCAGAGAGCUUCAAGGAAUCGUGGUCCUCAUGAUGUGUGAGUGACGUGUAAUUAGCUUUUGAUUUUAUGCCUUUCGGUCUGUCAGUACACCCAAAUUUUGAUGCUAAUGCAAAAAAGAUUUUCCCAAAGGCAAAUAAAGAAACCUGCGACACCUGGAGGGCCAUGGGUCCCCCAUCCCUUCUGCACUGAGUUUUGGACUGGAAAGGGUAAAUAGGUCCAGAUGCUGUUGGACUCCAACACCCAUCAGCCCUUAGGAUAGCUUUUUCUCAUUCUUUCCUUACAAAUCUUGAAAUGCUGAAGAUGUUUCAGAAUUGGGUUUUGUAAGCAAAGUCAAAUUAGGAAAGCGCAUACAUCCUCCAAAUUUAGAAGAAAAAAUUAGUUGAACUUUAACUUGCAUGUCUUAUUAGAUUAUUUUAAUGUGAUUUGCUUCUGGUAUUUGUCUCUUGCUUGCUAAUGGACAUCUCUUGUGUGGGUUGCUUAUUUUUUAUUUAAAAAAAAACCCCUAAGUUGUUUUCAUUGCAACUGGGGGAAAAUCAUCUAUUUACAGUUAAAAGGCUGAAUGUACAUACUGGGCUGCCAGAUUAUUUUUUUCUUCUGGGUGUUGGAUAGCUCUUCCAUUUUAUUUCCCUUUUGCAAGUUGACCUGCCAAAAGAAAUGUAAGACCCGUAGCAAAAAUCUUGACAUGAAAACUUGUAAACUUGAACAGCUUUGAUUUGCGCAUGGUUUUAUCAUUAUCUGCAAUGAGUAUGCAGGGACAUUUAACCAAGGGGAAGAGGGCAGGAUAUACACAAAACUGACAGAUUUACAUCAGCCACAUUUUUUUUUCUAUUCAAAGAGUAUCUACGUCUGAUGCCAAUCAUCAGCAUAAACAUUGUGACAAAAAUGCCCCAACAAUGCUAUGAAGGCAAAAAGCUGGGAAAUAGAAACAUAAUGACUAUAUGCCCUGUCCAAUCUACAUUUCCACUGGAAACUCCUAGGUGUGUGUGCGUGAAUGCACAGUCAUGACUUACCCUUAAUAAUCCUGGUAACACUAGUGUGUUGGAGGUGCUGUGAGGUGCCUAGGAGAUGCCUUGUCUGCUCACAGAACUACAGUUCUAAAAGUAGUUUAGCAAUCACUCUUCCUGGGAAAAUAUGGGUAUUGUAGCUAUGUGAAGGGGUCUCCUGACAACUCCCAGCAGCCUUAACAGACUGCUGUCCCCAGGAUUCUUUGGAGGAAACCAUGACUGUGUAAAGUGGGAUGGUACGUUAAUCAUCAGAUGACACAGUUGGUUAGAGUGUGGUGCUGAUAAUGCCAAGGAUGCAGGUUUGAUCCCCAUAUGGAACAUCUGCAUGUUCCUGAAUUGCAGUGGGUUGGACUAGAUGACCCUCAGGGUCCCUUCCAACUCUACAAUUCUAUGCUUCUAUGGUACUGCUUUAAGUGAAUACUGCAGAUGAGGACUAAUUCCAGUUUUGGCCCCACCUUCCUCCCCAUUGAGUUCUAUAAAAGGGUAAUACUGAAACUAAAGAAGGGAAAGUUGAUAGCCAGGCCCUGGAGCAUAAAUGUGCAGAGGCUUCCCCAAUACAAGAGCUCCAUGUUCACAACUGAGAACACAUGAAUCUCUCAGCUAGAGCUAUGACACCUGACAUACUGUCAAAGACCAUGAAUGAUCCAUUUUGAGUGCAGCAUUUGCUAUCCUGAUGUCGUCUCCUGGCAGAAGGGUGUCUUGGGAUUUGAGCAUUACAAUUCUUUUGGGGGGGGUCGGGGGGAGUUGUGUGCAGUGUUGACUACAACUUCAAGAUCCUUGUCAAAAACAAAAACUUGGCCAUGAAGACAAUCAUUUGCCUGUGCCAAGUAAAAAUGCUUUGUGGUAUGGAACUUUCCAUUCCAGUCAUGACACUGGACCAAAUAUUUAUUGUAGCUCCUGGACUGGAAAUCUGAGACCAAGUGUGUGUGUGUUUUUCCCUACCAGCCUGGCUGAUGCAACAAUUUGUUAACUCCUUCUCUUUGUUUGCCUUACUGUCUGUCUCUUGGUUAGCAAUGGGACCUCCCAAGGAAAUUACAUUCUCUGAUAUUACCGAAGACUCAGCUGUGGUCAGUUGGACACCCCCACGGACAAGGGUGGACCUCUUCCGGAUUACCUAUGUUCCAGUUACAGGAGGUAAGGAAGAAGAAGGGUGUAUAAACAGGGAUGGGCCAGAGGAGGGGAAACUGGAGGUGGCCAAAUGCCCGGCCCUCAGAAUCUUUUCAGGCCACAUCUCCCACCAGCACUUAUCUAUGCCCUUCAUGAAUGGUUUUGCCUGACUUAAAAGUGUUCAUGAACUGUGAUCACUUCUCAUGCUUGCCUGGAUGCAGCAUAGAGAGAGAUGGUAUGUGUGUAAGAUAAGAUUUGCAUCCGUUGCUUUGUCUACUUUUGUCUCUGACCCCAUCCUCUGCUGGCAUGUGCCUCCCCACCCCCCAAGGUUACCUGAGGAAGGCUAUGACCCUUGGGAUGAAAUAAUGUUUCUACCUUUUUCAUAAUACCAAUGAAGCUGGAUGUUGGGAGGUUCACAACAGACAAAAGAAAACACUUCUUCUCAUGGUGCAUAAAGGAGCUAUGGAAUGCGCAACCAGAAGAUGUUGUGACAGCCACCCACUUGGAUGUCUUUAAGGGGAGAUUAGACAAAUUCAUACCCAUGAUGGCUGUGUACUACCCCCAGCGCUGGUUGCAGUAUGCAUCUGAAUACCAGUUGCUGUGGAAGAGGAGUAGGGAAAGAGCUGUUGUGCUCAUGUAUUUCUUGUAGGCUUCUCAGAAACAUCUUAUUGGUCACUGAGAACAGGAUGCUGGACUAGAUGGGCCUUUGGCUCAUGCAGCAGGGCUCUUAUGUUCUCUUAUGGCUGGUAACGUAUUGUGAAUGUUGGAGACAAAACACUUAAGCCUUUGCUUCUGGUUUCUGAACCUUGCACACUUAGUCCCACCAGUCAUCCAAGCUACUAUCUAUUCCAGGUCCCCCCAAUUCUGUGACAGUAGAUGGAAGCAAGAGUAGAACUAAACUGGUAAAACUGAUCCCUGGCGUGGAGUACAUUGUCAGUAUCAUCUCUGUCAAAGGAUUUGAAGAAAGUGAGCCUGUUUCUGGAUCUGUGACCACAGGUAUGUCCCAGAAGUUGAUGGUAAUUAAGUGAUCAGUAGCCAGGAUGCUUUACAGCAGGAGUAGGGAACAGGAUCCAGAGCUCCUGUCUCCUGGUGAGCCAUUUUGAGAAAAAGAUAGGGCUGACCACUGUCAAACACCUGAUGUCUGGUUACCACAGGUGUGCUCCUGAUUCUUUCCUUUGGACUCAAGCGAGAUUGCAAAGGAAGAUACCUACCAAUAUGGGGUUGCAGGCAGACAUAGUUUAGGGGCAGGGAACAGUUCCACUUUUGAGUGCAGCCAGCCACAUUGGGGUUGGUAGCAAAAGCCCUGCUUACCAUGGAAAAAUGAAGAGUUCAUUUUAAGGUUCCUGGUUGUUCUUUUUCAGCCAUUUGGCGUAACAUAUAAUGUCAGGUGUGCAUGAUUUGGGCGAAGUGGCUUUAUUAGGCCUGUGGACUGGAGAUUCCUCACAACUGCUUUAGAGAGUACAAAAGGGCAGAUCCCUGCCCUGAGGAGCUUACAGCCUAAAAUUUGACACAGAGGCAACAAUGGAGAAAGGAGAAGAAAGACUGAGAGAAACAAGGGAGCAAGAUAUGGCCAUUAUAGUUGCAUGCAUUUAGACUUAGUUCCCACUGCAUUACUGGGAACUAGAGGGCUAUCCUUGACAGAAAAUGUAUGUCUUUCUUUCAGAAGGGAUUUGAAGGAAGUAAUACAGAUGAUACCACACAGGUGUUCUAGCAAGUGGUACCAAGGCAGAUUGUGACAUUCUAUCUCUGUCUGUCUCCCACUCUGUAGCUCUGGAUAGUCCAUCAGGGCUAAUGGCAGUGAACAUCACUGAUUCCAAAGCACUGGCUGUUUGGCAGCCAGCAAUUGCUGCUGUUGAUGAGUACAUCAUUUCCUAUGUUACUGAGGGUGGUAAGUCAACAUUGCUUUGAAGUAAGGCUGGGGCUGGGGGAGAAAUGCGACCCAAUUGUAAAGUCAAAACUACCAAAUUUGCACUUUCUGAAAUAGCAUGUGAACUGAAACAAAGUCAUAUUUUAAAAUCUGCAAUCCUCCAGAUUUUGCGAUGCAGUUCUCCAGCCAAGAAAUGUGUACUAAAAAUGCAGCUGCUGGGGAGAAUAGUGUAUAUACAAAUAACAACAAACAAAAAUGCAUUAUGUCAGGGGAGAUUGCUUUGUAAAAAUGUGUGUCAGGCAAAACUGAAUACAAAAUGUGUAUAUUAGGAGAAAUUCGCACUACCAUGCAGAUGAGGAUUUUUAUUUUUAAUGCAAACAGUUGUGGAAUUUUCUUCUUACCUACAACCACUCGAGGGGAUGUCUCAGUCUGUCAUUGGCCCUGGGUUCACCUCCUGCUGACCUCCCUCCUUUCUGCCCUACCAGUACCAAUGGGCACCAGCCACAAUUGCACUAUUUGCUUUUUGCUAACUCUGUCAUGGAGCUCUCCUAAAAUUGUUGGGUUGUCCUUGGAGUAAACCCAUUGAAAUUAAUGCACCUAAUUUAGCAAUGGUCGUGUUUCAAUGGGUCUACUCUGAGUAGGACCAAUGUUGGCUACAACCCAUGAAUUGCAGAAGAGUAGCCAUGUUAAGUUAUAGUAUAAAUAUAUUUGAAACGUUAAAGGUGUUUGUUGUAUUUGUAGCCUGCUUUUUUUGGCAAGUUCAUUUGUGAUCCAGAUUGGUUCAAUGUGAAUUGUAAUUUGCAUUGUAUCCUGACCUAAGACCUUAUGAUGGGAGAUGGGUUUGAGAUAUUUCUAAGAAAGAAAAUAAAAUGGCAGGGAUGAAGUUCAACAAGCUCUCUCAUCCAAGUGGGCUGUGUUGCAGAGUCCUCUUCUCUAUAUAGAGUGGCCAAAAUUAGCUAAGAGGAGCAACACAUGCUUUGCAAAAGCAGUGAAUCCAAUAUGCCAUUAGCUUAGAGCACUGUGAUAAUAAUGCCAAGGUUGAAGGUUUGAUCCCUGCAUCUUCCUGCACUGAAGGGGGUUGGACUAGAUUAUCCUUAGAAUCCCUUUCAACUCUACAAUUCUAGGAUUCUAUGGAUCAACAAAUGCACCUGCUGAAUCCAAGUUGCUCGUUGAUCGAUGUUCUGUCUUUCUUUGUUGUUUUAGAGCGUGAAAUUACUCAGAGUGUCUCAGGCAAUACUGUGGAAUAUGAUCUCACUGGCCUCCGUCCAGCCUCUGAAUAUACACUCCGGAUCUAUGCCAGGAAGGGACCACAGAAAAGCACAGUCAUAUCCACAAAAUUCACUACAGGUAGGUUCUGUUCUAUCAUAGGUUACUGAUGAAGCUUGUGGUCCUAAAACAAGUAUAUUGCACUGGAUUCUCAGAAGGGAGGGCUGAGUCUGCAUGAGUUGGUUCCUAUACAUAUCUUUUCCAACCUUGUUCCUUUCAGGUUUUUUUGGACUAUGACUCCUAACAUCUUUGACUAUUGUUCAUGCUGCCUUGGGUCGAUGGCAGCUAUGGUUCAAAACAUCUGGAAGGCACCAGGCAGACUGAUCUUUAUAUUAAAAUAUAUUUAAAAUAAAAAAUAAAAAUAAAAAUUUCUCAUCUUUCUCCUAGACCUUGAUGCUCCAAGGGAUCUCAUUGCAACUGAUGUUCAGUUUGAAACAGCACAGCUAACAUGGAAGCCCCCUCGUGCCCCUGUUACAGGUUACCUCUUGAUCUAUGAAUCAAUUGAUGGCAAAGUCAAGGUAAGCAUUUGAGUCUAGUAUGAUAGUCUCUGUUAUGUGCAGACUGCAAAGGGGAGGACCCAAUAUUAAGGAUGCGUUCAGACAUGCAUUAAGUUUCCCUCUGAUUAUAAUGACAGCACUUCUGUCUGUUUUCUAAUGUGUCUUUCACACUGCAGUGGCUGGUGCAUUAUGGAACUAUGAGUUUUAGACUGAUAUACCAGCAUGUUGCAAUAAAUUUCAUUCGCAUCAUUGAGCAUGGUGUGACACAACAAUGAAUGUUGUUAGACAAUAUCACUACAGUGGACGCUCAGGUUGCGAACGUGAUCUGUGUGGGAGGCAUGUUCGCAUCCUGCAGUGUUUGCAACCUGCAGCGCCACAUCUGCACAUGCACGGGUCACAAUUCGGCGCUUCUGCACAUGUGCAAAGCGCCAAAACCCGGAAGUAACCCGUUUCGGUACUUCCAGGUUCGGCGCAGUGCACAACCCAAAAACGCACAGCCUGAAGUGUCUGUAACCUGAGGUAUGACUGUAAUCCUUUACCCUUUCCGCACAUGCCUGCUUUUGUUUCCCCAUGACUGUUUGUUUGUUUUGCAUAUUGCCCUGUACGCAGAGGUCUCGGGGCAGUUCACAACAUGAAGUUACAAUAUAAAAAGCACAACAUGCAUAAUAAAAAUAAUUAAAACAAUUAACAAUAACAAUAAAAAAUACACUCCUCAACAAAGGCCCCUAAACAAUACACCAGUCCCCAAAUACAAAUACAAAAUCUAAAUUAAUAUAAUAAUAAUAAUAAUAAUAAUAAUAAUAAUAAUAAUAAUUUAUUUGUACCCCGCCCAUCUGGCUGGGUUUCCCCAGCCACUCUGGGCGGCUUCCAUAGAAACCAAAAAUACAAUAAAACAUAUAUACAAAAAAAUACAAUAUACAUAUAAAUAUAAUACAUAUAAAUAUAAAAACAUAAAAAUACAAUAUACAUAUAAAUACAAAAAAAUAUAACAUUUAAAAACAAUUUAAAUCAACCUCCCCCCCUCCAGUAAAACAGCACCCACCCAAGUUAAAACUCUUUCUCCAUUAGAACAAUAAUUUUAACAAAGGAGGGCUGGCCAUCGCCCUCAUUCCACAACCAAAGUGCCCCUCAUGAAAACCACAGGAAAGAUCUGUAUGCCCGUACACUGCCCCCAAUUCUGUCACUUUCUCUCACAAUUUUCCAGGUUAAGGAUGGUUGCAAAUGUAUCUUCAGUGGAAUCAAAUGGAAAUGAACACGUGCUAUCUUCCAUUAGUUUUCCAGCUUUUGCGUUGUGUGAAGGCUCAAGUAUAAUGUGAGAAUUAACAGUUUGGGAAAUGUUAGGGAAAUGGAGUAUACUGCUGUGUGAAUGCAGCCUUAGAGCGCAUGGCUUUUUUGUAAAAGUUCCCAGGUUCCCAUAUAAGCCUGACAAGAAUCCCUGUCAGAAGGCCCCAUAGAGCGGCAAUCAAUCAGCAUUUCACAGGGCCAAUGGUAUAUAGGAGCUUUCUGUGUUCCUCCUGUGAACAGGAGAUCUACACCAGUGAGGGGGGGGGUAAUUAUGAUUGUAUCCAAUGCCAGUUCCACUCAGACUAGAUCCCAUUGAAACCAAUAGGCCUAAGUUUGUCCUGACCAUUAAUUUCAAUGGAUCUUCUCUGAGCGAAAAUAAUAUUGGACACAAUCCAAUGUAACCAGAAUUGCACUGCUCAGAUAUACAUGAGACAUAUCAGAGGGCUUGGAGGGGAACACGAACAUUUCCAGCAGUACACAAAACCUUUGUGGGUAGGACUUCAGGCUGUUGAUGUGAAUUUUAAGAGCAAAGAGGCCAAGCUCAAAAAAUGCUCUUCCUGGGCUGGAGGCUGCCAUAUUUGUUUUCCCAGAAUGCCAAGCAUCCCCCAUCAUUCCAAUGGGAUCUCUGGGGACAAGAAACUGGAAGUGCCAGCCUAGGAAAGGCAAAGAGGAGUGGCAGUGAGUUUUGAACCUCUGCCUUCAAAAUUCACCCCACCCCUGAAAAUAGCCAGGGGUGGGGGGUGGGGGUACUGCCCUUCUCGCUUCCAUGCUUUCUUCAUAAAAAGCCUGGCAUUGCACAGCCAAAUUAUUUGCCAGCAAAUGCCCUUUGAGACCAUUUUCGAUGGGUGUCUAAGACAUGAUGAGUUUGGGCAGCAGAAACAUCCCCUCUAUUUAGUGCAAUCAUGUUCAUAGAGAUGCCACAGUAGGGGAUACAUAUUUGAUGUGCCCCAAAUAUGCUGCUGUGCUUAGUGCAUGUAUCAGCCAUGUUCAUACCAACACUAACCUUGCUUUCUAGCUAUGCCACCAGCAUAUUCUUGUAUGAAAGAUUUAUCUUAAGGAAACCAUUCCCUUGCUUCUAAUGUGGUGUGGUGUGGGAAGGUCUUAUCAGGAACAGAAAUGGCCUCAUCAAUCUUUGACACUGUUUUCUUAAGGUAGCAUGAAUGAUUCAACAACCAUGUAAAAAAUGGAACAAGUCUUCAUUCUUAAUUCAUUCACCCUCCAUUCAUUAUUGAUUCCCCCCACCCUGCAGGAAGUUAUCCUGGGACCUGAGUCGAAUUCCUACAGCUUGUCAGAGCUGAGUCCAUCCACCCAGUACACAGUGAAAUUACAGGCCUUAAACCGGAAUUUGAAGAGCAAGAUCAUCCCAGCAAUAUUCACCACAAGUAUGAUACAUGCAGGGACUGGGAGGUGGCAGGUGACACUUCCUACUCCUGCCCCCCAAAGCAAACUGGCCAAUAUUUCAAUACAUCUGCUGUGCACCUGAGUCUGGAUUAUCACAUUCAGUUCUGAUGGCAUCUUUGAAAAAUGCCAUAGAGCUGGGAAAGGCAGCUCAAAGGGGAAGGGUGGUUUCUCAGUCCUCCCCAAUCUUCGUGCUCCAAUGCUACCAGGAGCUAAGCCAUGGUCUUAACCUGGGCCCAUGUUUCCCCUUAAGCAACAAGCUAUAGUCAUGAGUUGUUCUUGGCAUACCACUCAUGGUUUGUCUGGAGGGAGACAGAUCAUGAUGCAUGGUUCAUACAUAAUGCUGAGCCAAACCAUGGCUUAGCUUCAGGUAACACAGCAGGAGAAGGACCAGGGAAGAUGUGGAGCAGCUGUGUGGACCCUUGUACUUCCACAUUCAAAUGAAGGCAUGAUUUACCUCAGCGUCAGGUGUGCCAACUUGAAUAAAAUAUGGGGGGCAGGUAGGUAAGCCCCAUCCUGCAUAAUCGAUCACAUGAUGCAGUGCACACACAACAUCUGAAUGGCAAUGGCCAUCAACUUAGGGGGGGCAGCCCCCUUAAAUAUUUUAUUGCAGGGGCUGAAGCCUCCAUGGCCCCUAGAAAUUGGCUCCUAUGCUUAUCGUAAAUGUUGUCAUGGUGGUCAGAAUUUGACAUCUUUGUUGGGCCUAACAAAAUCACACCUUUCUUUCAAGGGAGGUCAAGAAAGAAAUGGGACACUGCACCCCUAACCUCCAUGUGCCACCAGACAGCCCCUAGCAGCCUGAUUUCUACUUACAUCUUCUCUAGAGGAUCAAACUGCCUAUGCCAGUUUCCUCUUACUUAGUUUCAUGCCACAUUUACACCAUACAGUUAAAACACUAUGUUUCCUUAGCUGUGGUUCCUGCAUUGCUGGGGAUCAGACUAGAUAGCUCUUUAAACAGCAAUGUUUCCCCCCAAUGAAUUCUGGGAGCUAUAGUUUGUUAAAGGUUCUGAGAGUCGCUGGGACACCCUCUAUUCUCAUACAGAGCCACAACCCCCAGAGUUCCCAGUGAAUAUGAAUUGAUUGUUUAAGUGCUCUGGGAAUUGUAGCCCUGGGAAGGGAUUGAGGAUUUCCUAACAACUCCCAGCACCCUUAAAAACUACAGUUGCCAAAAUUCUUUGGAGGAAACCAUGACUGUUUAAAGUGGUAUCAUAGCACUUUAAAUGUAUAGUGUGAAUGGGGCCUGGGUGUUGCUCUUGUAGAACUCUGCAGGGAGGAAUAUGGUGACAAAUCUAGAAUUAGUUGGCUCUGCCUCGACCUCUUUUGGUCUACCUGCCUUCUUCCAUGUCAGGCUCAAUAGGCACCACUCACCACUGCUUUCUUGGUAACAAGUGCUGGUACUCAAGUAGUGAUUAUUUGCUUGUUCCCCUUUGCUGCAGCUGGACUCUUGUAUCCUUACCCCAGAGACUGCUCCCAGGCUCUACUGAAUGGAGAAACAGCCUCUGGCCUCUACACUAUUUACCUAAAUGGCAACAAGUCUCAGCCUACAGAGGUGUUCUGCGACAUGAGUUCUGAUGGAGGCGGAUGGAUUGUGAGUAUUUGUACUACUCUACUUACUUAAUUACUUAUCUACCUUUCCACACAAUCGGUAGCUAUGAGCCAUUAAUGUAGCUACAACCAAUCUACUCCCAUCUUCUUGCAUUCACAAAGGGCAUGAGAGAGAAACAGAGUCUUCUUCCCUUUCUGCAUUGAAUGGGGAAAGUUAAGAAUCAGUCCAAGUCUCUACCCACUGCCUGAAAGCUGCUUCUUACUUGCUCAAAAGCUUCAGUGGAGACAAUACAUCCAGAUUAGGGUCCUGUGUAGCACUGGGUCUCCUGCAUGCUGCAGACUCUUGCUCCUGGUGAUACGGUGGAUUUGUGGAUGCUUGGCUCGGUGGGAGAGCACGUGGUGUUGAGGUUCAGUCCUUAGCAUCUCCAGGUAGAAUUGUUGAUCAACCCUGGGGAGCCCACUGCCUGUCAGUGUAGAUGAUACUGAACUUGAUGGACAAAUUUUCAAACUCAAUUAACAUGUAAUUGGCUGGGGGUGAGAGGGGACGAGGAGAUGUUUGCACAGAGGAUGCAUUUUUGCAUCCUUCUCCCCCCCUCUUCACUGCCGGACCAAGUGGACCUUAUUUGACUUGUGGCUCUCCAAGACCCCUUGACCCCAGAGGGACCUGGCACGAUUUGACAGUCCCAGGUGUGAGAAGAAGAGGAAAGAGGAGGAGGAGUAAAUGAGGGGCUGGCAGGCACCCAGGAAUGGAGAAGGGAGGUCCUCUCCUUGAGUCUCUAGAUGUUGGAGAGGAGGAAACAGAUCUACUAACUCCCUCCCAUGAUCCUCCUAUGGAACACAGAACCUCAUCAGGGAGGGGGAAGAUUUUGACUAGUCAGAGGGAGGCCCUGAACAGGAGUACAUAGGUGACAUGGCUUCAAUCCUGGAAGCAGGGGAGGAGACAGUGUUUUUGAUGAGAAGCAGGUGCCACCCUUUCAGGUGAGAUCAGAUGCACCCACCCAUGUGGAGUGUGUGUGUGUUAAUGUGGCAGGAACAUAAGGCAAGAGAGAUUGUCCAUGAGCUCUACCCACCUCAUAUUUAAAAGCUUGGUGGGAGUUACAUGAAAACUGCCUUGCAAUAUUCAAAACUUCUGUUUGGUUAUUAACCUCUUGCCUUGCUUUCCCACCCACCUUGGAAUCUUGACUUCUGGACCUUGUGCUUUCUGCUGAACAUGUACUGCUGAUAGCAUAAACGCACAUCUCUUCUUUACCCUCAAGUAAGAGUCACUGUACUCUCAGCAGCCAGAAACUUCAUAGCCAGGCACCGGAGAGACCUGUCAGGAGUAAACAUGGACCAAUGGUAUCAAAUAGUAUGGGCAAUGACCUUACUAGAAAAGCUAACCAAUAAACUAAAACUGACAUGGGGACAAAUAGAAGAGGACGCCUUCACCCCAGUAUGGCUCCCCUUUCUCACAUACACAGCCGAACAAGACAACAACAAGAAUCCACUGAAAGCAUACAAAUCAAUCUCCCUUACCUGACCCAAUAAGCCCUCCCCUCCCUCACAAAUGCAAACAAACCCCACUGCAGACAACCACAGUCAACCAACCACACCCUGCUCCCCAAUACCUCUCACUACCAAGGAACUAUAACAAGCAAAUAGAAAGAGAACCUACCCAGUUGACGCUGACAUAAAACCCCACAAGUACACUAUACAAAAGAAUUUAAGCCUUACCACCCUACCCCUCCUCUCCCCCCUCUUCUUCCCCAACCUUAUACUGUACUCAACACUAAUGUCUCACAACGAACAUAACUGAUCUGUAAGAAAGACUGUACAACCUGAAAAAAGAGACAAGGCAUGUACUUUUGUAAACCAAGAAAAUCUUUAAUAAAAAAGAAAUAAACAUUAUGGAAUUAAAAAAAAAGUAAGUGUCACUGUCAUUGUGGCAGGAUCCUAGGGGUGAUCCAGGACUGCCUCAACUCAAGAAGACUGCAUCAGCCUAAUCUACUUCAGGGUCUGGGAUUUGGAAAGGUCUAGUAUAAAGUGGCUUCCUGUGUUUGCUGGUCUGGUGCAUAAACUGUCUAUGUCGCCAAUCAAAGGCUUUGCGUUCAGGAGGCUCCAGGUUCAGUUCAUGGUGUCUCUGAGUAACAGCUAGUGAGCAGCAUUGGGAAAGAUUCUUGCAUGAGGGUCUGGAGAUCACCAGCCACACACCACAGGCAGCACUGGGUAUAUAAAUACACAUGCUGUCUGCCACUGUCCUAUUAUAGCAGUGUUUAUAACAAUAUCAAUGUUUAUUUUGGGGUUCUAGGUGUUUCUAAGAAGGCAGAAUGGAGAGCAGGAAUUCUACCAGAACUGGAGGACUUAUGAGGCUGGAUUUGGAAAUCCCAAUGGUGAAUUCUGGCUAGGUACGUGACUAACAAGUGUCCCCUCACAUUGCACAAAGGACUGCGCCCUUGGCUUGGUGCCCUGUGCAGGAGGACCACCUACACCAGCCUAUAUUUGGGACUGCCACCACCUUCAAAGGGAGUCUGUUCCACCAUCAAACAACUCUUACCACCAGAAAGUUCUUCCUGAUGUUUGGCCAGAUUCUCCUUUCUUGUAACUUGAAGCCACUGGUUUGGGUCCUACCCUCCGGAGCAGGAGAAAACAAGCUUGCUCCAUCUUCCAUGUGACAGCCCUUUGGAUAUUUGAAGAUGGCUUUCAUAUCUCCUCUCAGACUCCUCUUUUCCAGGCUAAACAUACCCAAUUCGCUCAGCCAUUCCUCAUAAGGCUUGGUUUCCAGUCCCUUUAUUAUCAUGUUUGUCCUCCUCCGCACACCUUCCAGCUUGUCAAUAUCCUUCUUAAAUUGUGGUGCCCAGAACUAGACACAGUAUUCCAGGUGUGGUCUGACGAAGACAGACUAGAGCAAUACUAUGGCUUCCCUUGAUCUGGAUAGUUAUGUUGAUGCAGCCUGGAAUAGCAAUAGCUUUUUCUGCUGCUGCAUCACACUGUUGGCUCAUGUUAAGCUUGUGUGUUGACACCUCUAGAUCCUUUUCACAUGUACUACUGACAACUGAGGUGUCCCCCAUCUUAUAUUUCUGCAGCAGAUUAUUCCUGCCUAAGUAUAGAACCAUACAUUUGUUCCACUGUUAUUGAUUGUUCCCUGUAGGUCUGGACAAGCUCCACAAAAUCACUUCCCAGGGCCAGUAUGAGCUGCGGGUGGAUUUGCGUGACCAUGGAGAAACUGCCUAUGCCCUCUAUGACAAGUUUUUUGUCGGUGAUGCCAGGUCUCGCUACCGGCUGAAAGUGGAAGGAUAUAGUGGCACAGCAGGUGGGUUUGUGUGCUAGCCUCAGAAUAACUUGUAAGCCUCUGCAAUUGUUUGUUUGUAAGGUGAUUUACAACAUUGCAAAAGUUUGGACUAGGUGACCAAUUGGGUCCCUUCCAGCUCUAUGAUUCUAUGAUUCUGCAGAACAUAAUGAACAGUAUAUGCCAAUCCCUAACACAAUAUGCAUGCCGUACAAAAUCCAUGCAAUACAAAACACUUACAUAUAUAUAUAUAUAUAUAUAUAUAUAUAUAUAUAUAUAUAUAUACAUAUAUAUAUGUAUUAUUAUGUGCUGAUUAUUACGGUUUACUGAUUAUUAUUAUGAGUUGCAUUUAUGUAACUCAUAAUAAUAAACAAUGCCUAAUGGUACAUAAUAUGUAAUGAGCAUAGUUAAUAUAUGCUAAACAGGAAUGAUACACAGUAUCAUCCAAGCAAUAAACACGUACACUCUGUAAAAUACAAAGUCUAAUAACCUUAUCGCAGAUGCAGCUGUAAAGUAUAAUACAUAUCUAGUAGCACCUUUCUGAAAAAAACAGAGGGAAAUCAGAAGCUCAAACUACUUCUGUUGUGUUCUAUGUCCUUCCCCAAUGCUCUGGUAAAGUCAUUCUUAGAUUGCAAACUGGAGCUGUCAGUCACAGAAGGACCCACACCUCUGCUCCUGCCUCCUCAUUUUCAUUUUAUGAAGAAGUUGGAGGAAGUUACAAUAAUGUAUCAUAGUUGUUUUAAAAAGAAAAGAUUCUGGGGCAAUCUGAAUAUCUCUAAGAAAGGAAUCCUUACCUGGGGCAUGUCUCAUUUGAUUUCUUCUCUUGUUGAGUCUUGAUUAGCAUAAUUAACAACAACAACAGGUGAUAGCCAACUAAGUUUUAUUCGGAGUAGGGGAAAUGAAAAAUGGAAACAAUGUGGCAGUCAUUCAUUAUUUAGUCACCUUUUAUAGGUAUCCUAGAAUUCUAGGUGACUCCAAGGGUCAUCUAGUCCACCUAUGCAAUAUAGAAAUAACAACUAAAGAAUCCUUGACACGUGGUCAUACAAUUAGUCUUUAAAAACACCCAAGGAAUGAGAGUCCAUCACUUUUCAAGGUGGUCCAUUCCACUGUUAAACAGCUAUUACCGUCAGGCUGGAUCAAAGAAGCGUUUCAGUGAAAUGCUUUGUAAACUCAUACAGGGAAAUCCGGUUGGGAAAGAUGGGACUCCACAGCGCCAUCUGGUGUCACAGUGUUAUAUCCACAGCUGUCAAUGUUUCCCUUUUUUUAAGGGAAGUCCCCUUAUUCCAAAUAGGAUUCCUCGCAAGAAAAGGGAAAAGUUGACAGCUAUGGUUAUCUCGCUUAUACAGCACAUAUAAAAUGCUUUUUCUUUAUCAAGCGAGUUGAGUCCUCAGAAAGUUCUUAACAUUUAGUAGGAAUCUCCUUUCUUAUUUCUUGAAUCCAUUGGUUUGGGUCCUCCCGUCCAGUGCAGCAGAAACGAAGCUUGUUCCAUCCUCCACAUGAAAGCCUUUCAGAUGUUUGAAGAUGGCUAUCAUCUCCUCUCAGUCUUCUGUUCUCCAAGCUAAACAUAGCUAGCCUCCUCCACCAUUCCUCAUAAGGCUUGGUUUCUAAACACUUGAUCAUCCUGGUUGCCCUCUGCACAUGUUUCAGCUUGUCAAAAUCCUUUUCAAACUGUGGUAUCCUCUCUGUCAACAAUGUAUGCUAAUAACUUGUUGUGACCCUCAGCCUUAAUUUUGUGUAAGCUAUGCAUGGGGGGGAAAGGGGGGGAACAAACCCAAACCCAAGCCCAAGUUCUGGCAUUUAUGGUUCUUACAAUGCAUUUAAGAGCUGAGGUAAGUGGUGGUUGAGCACGUCUUGAUAAAGAGUUCCCCACCCCCAGAAGGAGCAUUCUUUUAUUUUUGUCCAUCAAUUUAACACAGGGUUAAAAUGGGUUGCAUUGGGAUACCUUUGUUUCCUGCAAGGGAUUAUGGGCCUUUUUGUGUAACUUUGCUUCUGUGUGUCAUUUCCAUUUUAAAUCUACCUGGUGCUGAGCAACUUGCUGUUUUUUCAGUCUUGGAAUGUAAACAAACAGCCAGAGCCCAGCAAUGUCUCUCUUGAAGCUCUAAGUACCUGUCCUGAAUAUGGCAUACACAAGAAGGAACAUGAUGGGUCAAGAUGCCAAGAAUGUGCUUAGCGGUUCCCCAUCAUAACAAGCUGUACAUUGUGUGACAAAGCAUGGAAAAUGUUUCAGAAGACCACAUCUGCUUUGUUGCAAAGAUGGCAGGCCAAAUCCCACAGGCUCCUUCCACUCCUUUCUUUUGCCCCCUUCCCACCCCCUUAUAUUGGAACCUGUAUUGGAAUGAGCUGGAUGAUCUCCCAACAAAAACAAAACACAUGCAAUAGAAAGGGAGUAAAGAAUCUAGAGGAGUUGUGGCCAGCUAAUUCAACUCAGAGCAGGCCCCGUUGGAAUUAAUAGAUGCAAGUUAGUCAUGUGUGCUAAUCUCCAUGGGUCUGUUUGUUCUGAGAAUCCCCAGAGAUAGGUAAGUUUAUAAUGCAAACCAUAUGCACCCUUCCAAGGUUUGUUUUGAAGCCUGCUAGGGGCGGGGUGAAAAAUGCCAGUGGUCACCAGACUAGAAAUUUUGUAAACUGCCCUCCAAAAGCAGAUGGAUGUAUCUGUCCAUUUCUGAUUCUCUCAGUUUCUCCCCCCCCCCCCCAAAAAAAUAUAAAGUUUAGUUCUUCACAAUUCCACCAUUAGUUUGCUAUUUCUUCACUUAUUUAAACCUCGUCAUAGAAAUUCAUGAGUAUUUCUCUGCAGAUUUCUUCCAAUAUGGGGAACGGCUCACUCAGACCACUACUUCAGACCAUUCUCUUUGCUUCUGGCCACAUGACAUCAGUCUUUCUUUUGUGUUCCACAAACCAGGCUGGCAAUAUCAUUAGGCAGUGGGGCAGCUACUUCAGGUGGUAGAUGCUAGGGAACAGUAGCAUUCUGCCCUUUUCCUCCUAAACCUAUCUGCUCUGUGCCACCUAAGCUAGCCCACUGACCUUAGGUAUAGUGGAGGAGGUUGUCCCAUUGUCAAAGGUCCCACCCACAUAUGCAUCUAAAGAACUUAAGUGGGAAUAAGAACAACCCUUCUGGAACACAGCAAAGGCCCAUCUAGUACAACUUUCUGGUUCCAACAGUGGACAACCAAAGGUCUCUUGGAGGUGCUCCUGGGUGGAGCCAAGUCCAUUGGAGCAAGUAGAACCCACUGAACCAGCAGCAGGGUGUAUGCUACCACUGCCUGUGAAGUGCUCAACGGGACACGGGGGGCAGACCGCAGAGACUGCUGCUGCAGCAGCCCUACCCUCGACGCUUCUUCAAAUCAGUCCAAUCAGACAGGUUUGAAGGGUGCACUCACAUAGCCCUGGCAGCCCUGCACAGCGUUGCAUGGCUGGGGUAGGACUGUCUGAUCCCAGCCUUGCAAAGUGGUGCAGGGAGCACACUCAUGUGCCAGAGCCCAGUGGAGGAGAGGGGCGACAGUGCUGCCAUGUCCUCUCCACCACUUCCGCCCCUGGGUCACACCCUCACCCUCCCUCUGUGGUGGGUGGUGGUGGUGGCAACUGCAUCCUCCCCCUCCCUGUCGGCCAGCCUAGGGGUGGGGCAUGCAUGGGCAUCCCUUUCUUGUGCACAAAGGAGGUGCUGCCACCACCCAUACCCUGAAGGCCUGGCCUGGGUGCACCUUCAGUGAGGGAGUCUGGUUGUGCACCUACAAAAAAAAACACACACACCAAGAGCCAUGCCCCCCCCCCGCCCUCCCACACUACACCACUGCACUGAACCCCCCCUCAGUCAGCUCCAACCUACCUGCCUUCUUUCUUAAAACCAGUCAGGACUGCUCAAGAGAGCCAGCGUGGUGUAGUGGUUAAGAGCAGUAGACUCGUAAUUUGGUGAACCGGGUUCGCGUCCUCUCUCCUCCACAUGCAGUGACCUUGGGCUAGUCACACUUCUCUGAAGUCUCUCAGCCCCAUUCACCUCACAGAGUGUUUGUUGUGGGGGAGGAAGGGAAAGGAGAAUGUUAGCCGCUUUGAGACCCCUUCAGGUAGUGAUAAAGCGGGAUAUGAAAUCCAAACUCUUCUUCUUCUUCAACCAGUUUCCUGUCCCAAGCCACCUACCUGUUCAAAGGUUGGCCCUGCCUGUGGUCUUCCUCCUCCUUUGUCUCAGUGUUGCCCUUGUUAGAACUCAGCAGUGAAGAGGGUGGGUUAAAAACUAGGAUUAGUUGGCUCCACCUGUUAUUGACUCUAGUGCCAUCUACUGUUGGGCUCCCAGACUUCCACCCUACAGGUUCCAAUAGGAGCCAGCAGCCACUUGUAUUUGGAAUGAGGAAGAGGAGAUUUUGCCCUUCACCUCGGGUCACAAAAAUGUAUAGUACAGUUCCUGCUAGCAACAACCUAAAAAUCAGCUAUGUUUUUUCUCCAUCACACAGGCGAUUCCAUGACCUAUCACAAUGCACGCGCCUUUUCCACCUACGACAAGGACCACGAUAUGGCAAUCACUAACUGCGCUUUAUCAUACAAAGGAGCUUUCUGGUACAAGAACUGCCACCGUGUUAACCUGAUGGGUAGAUAUGGGGACAACAACCACAGCCAGGUAAGUUGUUGUACAUUGCACUUGUCAUGCAGGGUACAAGUGGGCAAGUCGCCACCUUGCAGAGCUUAGAAGUGGAGAUGGGAGGUUGUCCUAUCAGUGCUAGCCCUAUUCAGAGUAGACAUUGAAAUUAAUGGAUAGCACUAACUUUUUGUUGGCAUCUGUCUCCAUCAAGAGACAAUGCAGUGCACCUCUGGGGGUGAAGUCAAAACUGCUGGAUAAUUGUAGUGCCUGCUGUGGCUGAAGAGACUCAUAACUGAUGCAUUCCUUGCUGUUUGUGUUAGCAGUGCCCUCUCUGGGGCACUAGCCUGGGCAAUGUGUAUGGAGGUCCUGGGCUGUCCUGAUUACAAUGUGCCCCCUCUCGGCCUCUCUGAUGUGGUCCAAAAGGAAAGCAUAGCACUACAUUUGGCACCAGCUUGGCUGCAGGAGUUCCCAGAAGGAGGCAUACAAGAUGCCACUUGGCAGCCUUAGGAACUCCACGCUGCAUUUGUGUAGUGUUUCCUCCUUAGCCCUUUCUUCUCCUGAAGAUGUCCCACAGGGUAUCAGGUGCAGAUUUUCCCUUGAUGCUUACUCACUAAACUUAGAUCCAUUAAUUUCAAUGGGUGUAUACUGAGUAAAACAAGGUGAAUCAUUACAUCAAGGCAAAAGAACAUCCCACUGAGCUAAGUUCAGGGUGUAGCUACAUCAGGCCCACCAGAUGGCUAUAUUUUCAGCUUUGCUUAAAUGCUUCCAGCAGUGCAAAGCCCAUUUCCUCCUGUUUCCCUGCCUACAUACCUACUCUCUGAUUAGACAAGCAGGCAGGCGGCACUGCUACAGUUCCAGGCACUUAAAGGAGGCCCAGAGAAAGAAUAUGUGGUGUGGGGAAAGUCCCGAAGCCACAUAGGAAGCCCUGGAAGCCCACAUUUUGUCCCUUGAGUCUGACGUUUCCCACCAUUGCUAUUAAGGACUGCUUGGGAAUAAAUAUCAGCCGAUAGAAUUGAUGGCUAUGAUGGCAUUUCAACCAGGGAUGCCAAGGUUUGUAGCUGAUACUCUUAACUGCACACAGCAGCUAGUAAACAGUUGCGUUCGCCCAUUCAUUUAUAUCAACCUUCCAUUCUUGCCUCUGUUUUUGCAGGGUAUCAACUGGUUCCACUGGAAAGGUCAUGAGCACUCCAUCCAGUUUGCAGAGAUGAAACUGAGACCAUACAGCUUUAGGAAUCUUGAAGGGAGACGAAAGAGAGCAUGAAUCCUCCACGGGGUUGGCUGACAGAAAGAAAAAGAAUGGUUGCUUGUUUGUUUGUUUUUCCAGAAAUUUGGGGGAAGGGAGAUUAGAAAUGGAGAUGGGAACUUUACCAAAGCAUCAGUGUUGCUUGACGUAACCUUGGCUCCCUUGACCAUUUUUUAUUGGGGGUGGGAAAGGCUUCUUCAAAACGUAGCGUGCUCAACUGAGCAUCCUUUUUUCCCCUAUCUGUAGCUGGCUUUCUUUGCACCAAAGAUGACAAUCGCCAGGGAGGGAAGCGGGGAGGGGAGGGGAUGUCAGGGAAGAGGACACAAUCUGGCAUAUUCACACACAGAAUCACACACACAAAAUAUAUACAUUAUUAUUGUGAUCAUUAUUAGCCAUCCUUGAGCUUUAUUAGCUGAUGAUCUGGAAGCUUUUCCUAUAUAUACAGACUGGAUCCAGACUUCUCCAUGACUAACUGAAGUUCCAUUGGUUUCAGUGGGUUUACUCCAAGCAUGACUAAAGGUGCAGUCCUAUCUCCACUCACCUGGGAGUAGUGGUGGCUGGUGCACAUUUGGACUGGUAGGGUGGAUGGCAGAGUGUGCAACAGUAGGUGGCACCAGAGCCAAUGACAUUCUAGUUUUGUCCCCAUCCUCCUCUCUGCUGAGUUCAAAAAGGGCAACAUUGAGACAAAGAAGGAGGACCUAACUUCUUAGUAGGCAUGGUGGAGAUUGCACUGCAAGUCUGGAUCCACCUCUCUCUAUAUAUAUUUUAAAAAAACAGAUAUAGAAAAGGGCAAGGAAGAAAGCAACCCUAUUUAAACAUUUCAUCCUAAGAUUAAUAUUAUUAAUAUAAUGAAAAGAAAUGAAAUGAAAAGAAAAGGAUGAUAAUAAUAAUAAGCUAAGUUUUUUGUCAUCAAGGUUUUUUUUUAAACAAUCCAUGCUUUCCAAAACACAGCAGGACAGUGUCUGAUUGUACAUUUUUAAAAAAAUUAAAUAAAAGCACAAUUUUACUUUUACAGAAA